GAGGCGGACCGGACCGGACCGCCCUCCUUGUCCCUCCCUCCUCCUCCAAGUAAUCUGGGCGCCCGACUUCUCGCAAGCGGCCGAGACGAGGCGUUUGCGCUCUUGGAGACGCGGAACCCGGGCAGCUGCUCCGCCGCGCCACCAUGGAUUCGGAUUCCGGAGAGCUGAGCGAGGGGGAGCUGGUUUCUUCAGCAGGUAAAAAAGAGAGAGAAAGAGGCCGGCACUUUUGCGGGGAAGACGGGGACGCUCUUGCCUAGCCCAGGCUGCUGCCACGAGGGAGGACCAGCGAGGAAAAGGGCAGGCAGUUGAUUUGGCGCUGGGGCGCGCGCGUGUCCUUGCCCACUUCCAAGCCACCGCAAACUGGGAAGAUCUGGGGAGGGGGUUCGGGUUAUUGCUAGAAAGAAGAGGGGCUUGGAAGCGGCACUCGUACCUUUACCCCCGGCUCUUUUGCACCCUGAAUGAAUCAUAUCCAUCACCACCGCGUUCAGUUGGACGUGGGCGGGUCUUCUGUGGAAGGUUGCAUCUCUUCAGAGUUCCUGCAUGGUCUUUGGCGGCUGGGUUGGGAGGAGGGACGUACUCUGUGCAUGCUCAGAGAGGCACGGUGUUGUUGUUAGUCGCGUGGUGACAGAGGGUUUUGAAAGGACGGGGUGGAGGCUGUGCUAACAAGAGGAUAUAUUCUGAUAUGUGAGCAACCCGUUGCCUGCAGAAUGAAUUUCUGCCGGAUAUGCAAUUAGUUGUCUCUGAUGGAACAGCAGCAAUGGGGUUCGCAUCGCUGCUGGAUCAGGCCAGAGACCCCUCCAGUCUAACGUCCUGUUCUCACAGUGGCCAACAAGAUGCCUGUGGAAAGCCCACAGGCAGGACCUGGUUUCAACAAGCUGUUUCCUCACUUGUGCUCCCCAGCAGCUGGAACCCAGAGGCAUUGCGCUUCUUUUUUAAAAAAUGUUUUUAUUAGCAAUUUCAACAUAACAGCUUAUCAAAACAUAUCAUAUUCAUUAUUUUCCCCUUUUUUCCCCACCCCCAAACCCUCCCUCCUCUCCCCCAGAGACUUCCCUCAGCUCCUCUCUCUGAUUUCUCAACACAUAUUAUUCUCUGCAUGUUAUAAAAUUAUGCAACUCCUACAUUAUCUAUCUGCCAUGCUAUCAAUCAAUAAAUUUGUGUAUGUUUAUUCAAAACCUGCCAAGGAGUCCAAUUCAUUUUGUUGUCUUUUUAAGUAAUUUGUAAAAAGUUCCCAUUCUUGUUUAAAGUCACAGUUGUCCUUAUCUCGUAGUUUGUAUGUCAAUUUAGCCAGUUCUGCAUAAUCCAUCAAUUUCUCUUGCCACUGUUCUUUUGUCGGGGGGGGGGGGGUUCCUCAUUCUUCUUCCAUCCUUGUGCUAUCAAGACUCUUGCCACUGUUGUUGCAUACAUAAAUAAAUUCUUUAUUUUCCUUGGCAGGUCUUGUCCUACAAUCCCUAACAAAAAUGCUUCUGGUUUUUUAACAAAUGUCAUUUUAAACAUUUUCUUCAGUUCAUUAUAUAUCGUUUCCCAAUUUUUUAAAACUUCUUUACCUUCCUACCACAUAUGAUAAAAAGUCCCUUCUGCAGAGGCAUAGCGCUUCUAACAAUGGAGGGGGAACAUAGCCUUCAUGACCGUAGCAGCACCUUCUCUUCCAUGACGUGUUUGUUCCCCUUUUAAAGCCAUUCAGGUCGGUGACCAUCACUGCAUGGCAAUCUCGUAGAAUUGCACAAUUGUAGAGUUGGAAGGGACCCUGAAGAUCCUCUAGUCCAACCCCUCACAAGGAAGGAAUAUGUCCCAUCCAGCUUGGCGUUAUCAGCACCAUGCUGUAACCAGCCGAGCUAUCCAGGCUGAGCUACCUACUUUGUACCUAAUGUGGAACCCUGGAUUCAAAUCCCGACUGAGUUAUGAAGCUUAGUGGGUGAGCCUCGGCUUGUCACAAUGUCUCAGCCUGGCCUACUUUGCAGGGCUGUUGUGAUGUGGAAAAUGUGUGCUGCCCUGGACUGUUUGGAAGGAAGAUGGGUGGUAGUGGGAGUUUUUAAAAAACAAAACAAAACAAAACACCACAAAUAUGUUCCCUGGCUGGAAGUUGCUGCUUCGUGUUGUACCUCACAACUUAGGCACAAGCAACAAAGGGAGAAGAAGCCUUAAAUGGACUCAGACCAUUGUUCCAGCUAGCUGAGUAUUGUCUUGCACUGACCGGCAUCAGGCAAGGAGGCAUCCGAAACAUCUGCUCUAUCUCUGAGCAGUGUCAGCAUUUGUUUGAGAGGUGCCUGGAAGCCCCACUUCCUGUGCCAAAGCUUUUACCUGUGCUUCCUGCCCUGCAGGGAUUGGACCAGAUGACCCAUGGGGUCCCAUCCAACUGUACAAUUCUAUGAUUCCAGGUGUGGGGGAUGUUGGCGGUUCCUUGGCAGUUUGAAAGAGACUCCCUCCAACCGCCUGCUUUCAUGUAACCUGUUCUGAAUCUGACCACUUAGGCAGCUGCGGAACCUACAGUCCUUCAGAUCUCACUGGACUGCAGCUUCCCUCAUACCUGAGCCUUACUGGCUGUGGCUGAUGACCUUUGGAGUCCUGUAACACCUGGAGAGCCGCAAAUUAGCCUUCCUUGCCCUCAAAACCUCUCCAUGCUUCCUCCAUGAUUUGGGUGCCUUGCAGCCUGACUGAGGUAGUCUUCCCCCACUCCCAGUUGGUCAUGUGGAUCAUCCAGGUGCCAGUGUGGUGUAGUGGUUAGAGGGCUAGACUAGGACCUGGCAGACUAGGGUUCGAAUCCCCCCUCUGCCACAAAGCUCAGUCAAAUCUGUGUCCAGGGCAGCUGUUUACCAGCUCCAUCUGGUAUGUAGGCUGAGACCCUAUCUGCCUGCGGACUGUCUCACCAGAGUGGUGCAUGCUCUGGUUAUCUCCUGUUUGGACUACUGCAAUGCCCUCUACGUGGGACUACCUUUGAAGGUGACCCGGAAACUACAACUAAUCUAGAAUGCGGCAGCUAGGCUGGUGACUGGGAGUGGCCGCCGAGACCAUAUAACACCGGUUUUGAAAGACCUACAUUGGCUCCCAGUACGUUUCCGAGCACAAUUCAAAGUGUUGGUGCUGACCUUUAAAGCCCUAAAUGGCCUCGGUCCAGUAUACCUGAAGGAGCGUCUCCACCUCCAUUGUUCUGCCCAGACACUGAGGUCCAGCUGCGAGGACCUUCUGGUGGUUCCCUCACUGCGAGAAGCCAAGUUACAGGGAACCAGGCAGACGGCCUUCUCGGUAGUGGUGCCCUCCCUGUGGAACGCCCUCCCACCAGAUGUCAAAGAGAACAACAACUUCCAGACUUUUAGAAGACAUCUGAAGGCAGCCCUGUUUAGGGAAGCUUUUAAUGUUUGAUGUAUUAUAGUAUUUUAAAUUUUUUGGAAGCUGCCCAGAGUGGCUGGGGAAGCCCAGCUAGAUGGGCGGGGUAUAAAUAAUAAAUUAUUAUUAUUAUUAUUAUUAUUAUUAUUACCUCGCAGGGUUGUUGUGGGGAUUAAAUGAGGAGGGCAAGAUAACUAUGUACACCACCUCCAACUCCUUGGAGAAAAAAGGCGGGAUAGAAAUGUAAUAAUAAACAUGUCAGAUUUAGAAAGCUGCCUUUCUAGAGAGUCAGACCAUUGGUCCAUCUAGCUAGUGCUGCCUGCACUGGCUGGCAGUGGCCCUUCAGGGUUUCAGAUGGAGGUCUGUCCCAGGCCCACCUGAAGAUGCCAGGAAUGGAAUCUGAGACGUUAUGCAUGCAAAGCUGAUGUUGCCACUCAGCUAUGGCCUUGUGGCAGUGCUAGAAACUCAGAUAUAGAAGCUAGGUGUCAAAUGGCUCCUUAAACCAGGGUUGCAGUCACCAACAUGGAAUGUCUAGUUGCCAUUUUGGGGCCAGGCAGCCCAAAAGCCGUGUUUUUCAAUACAACUUUUUUUGUUUCUGAAAUUCAGUCUGAUUGGGCAUAUAAAAUAUAAUGGGUGGAAUUCUACAGAAUGUGUUGCCAGUGUGUGAAAACAGUCAGGGUUCCAAGGAUUCCCACCCACCACCACCACAUGAUCUCCACCAUCAUGUCAGACGCCGCCAUCCCAGCACCCGGGCAUCUUCACUUGGUUGCAAGCAGGGGCAUUUGGUGAAUUUUGAAUGCUGAGGACAAUAAAGGAAUAAAGCAAGGUGUAAGUCAGCCAAGGUGGGGAGGCAGGCGGCACUGUGGGUUAAACCACGGAGCCUAGGACUUGCCGAUCAGAAGGUCGGAGGUUCGAAUCCCUGCGAUGGGGUGAGCUUCCGUUGCUCGGUCCCUGCUCCUGCCAACCUAGCAGUUCAAAAACACGUCAAAGUGCAAGUAGAUAAAUAGGUACCACUCCAGCGGGAAGGUAAACGGCAUUUCCGUGCGCUGCUCUGGUUCACCAGAAGCAGCUUAGUCAUGUUGGCCACAUGACCCAGAAGCUGUACGCCAGCUCCCUUGGCCAGUAAAGUGAGAUGAGCGCCGCAACCCCAGAGUCGUCCACGACUGGACCUAAUGGUCAGGGGUCCCUUUACCUUUAAGUCAGCCAAGAGUUUGAAAUGAGCAAUUCUAGGCCAGACUCUAAAGGAAGGUUGCCUACUGCAAAGGCUGCUCAUAGAAUCACAGAAUUGUAAAGUUGGAAGGGACCAGGCCACUCAUCUAAUCCAACCCUCUGAAAUUUGGAGAUCUUUUGCCCCACGUGGGGCUUGAACCCACAGCCCUGAGAUCAAGUUUCUCUUGCUGUACAAACUGGGCUAUAAUGUUGGGGAUUUGGCUCAUUGGCACUGAAAGAGUGUCUCGCAGUUGGGUGUGAUGUGCAAGUGCCCUCAGAGAUGUUGUGAAGGUGGCCUGACGAAGAUUUGUGUUUAACAAGAGCAUAGCUAACUUGGGGCGGUUUUGUCUUUUACAAGGUUUCAACCAGCCUGAGUGUUGGUCCAUGAAACUACAGUGGUACCUUGGGUUACGAACUCCACAAACCUGGAAGUAGGUGUCGUGGGUUGCAAGCUUUGCCCUGGGAUAUGAAUGCAAUUCCUCUUCCGGGGCUGCGGGAGGCCUAGGUAGGGAAUGCGCACCUCGGGUUAAGAACGCUUCGGGUUAAGAACGGACUUCCGGAAUGAAUUAAGUUCGUAACCCGAGGUACCACUGUAUAAGAGACAGCCAGUGCAGAUCUUUCGAUGCUGGUGCAGAACUGGGUACCCUGCUAAGCACCCUAGCAGAUGCAUUUUGCGAAAGCUGCAGCUUCCAAACCAGGUGCAAGGAUAGCCCCCGCCACAGCAUAUUGCAGUAGUCUAAUUCUAAGAUUACCAAUGCACUGACCACCAUUUAAAGACCACCAUUUAGUCAACCUUUUUAUACCUACCGCCCACUAAUGCAUCUUUAUUGAUGGUAAAAUUUGCUUACCGCCCACCAGUGCUCGAUGGAAGGAGGAUUCAGCUUGUGCCGUAGAACCCCCUACCGCCCACCUAGAAUCCUGAAACUCCCACUAGUGGGCAGUAGGAACCAGGUUGACAACGCCUGAUUUAAAGGCUCUCCGUGUGCUUGCCAUUUUGUUAGAUGUUGACAGCCCAGAAUAAAACACAGGGUUAUUGACUGCAGUGGAAUCUGGUCCGGAAUCUGCAACUAGUGUGGAAGCCAGCGGCCAGGAUCCUCAAAGGAUCAGGUCACUAGCAACAUGUCACUCCUUUUGCUGGGAAAGCUUCACUGGUUGCCAACUGUAACACAAAGUUCUUGUGUUAAUUCACAAAGCCUUAAACAAUUUAGGCAAAUUGGUUCUUCAUGUUCCAUCUUCAUCACUGAGAUCAUCUGGUGGAAGACUUUUGGUGGUCCCCAAUGCCCCUGAGGUUCAGUCAUCCUUUACCAGGGUCUGAGCCUUCAGCAUGGCAAACCCUGCCCUGUGGAACUCCUUGCCAAUAGACGUUCAGCAAGAAUAAUCCCUAUUUACUUUUUAAAAAUGUAUUGUUCAGACAGGUCUUUGGAAUGUUUCUCCUUUUUUUAACCAGUGGGUUUAAUCCAGUGCAAGUCCUACUCAAAGUAGACCCAUUGAAAUUAAUGAGCAUGACUAUCUCGGGUCUAUUCAUUUCAGUGGCUCUACUCCAAGUUUGGAUACUUGUUUUUAUUGUUACUAAUGUUUUUACCAAUGUUGUUAUUGUUGUGUUAUUGUUAUGUUGCACACCACCUUGUUAUAGUUCCUACUAGUGAGGGGUGUUUAACACUGCCCAGGAAUUUGUUGAAUAUUGUGAGUUUUAAAAGGGUAGUACAAUUUGUGAGUUUUGACCCAUCACGCCAAAAUUUGGGCAAAGUCAGCCAAAACCAUGUUUUGGUCUCCAUGUUGAUUCAAAAUGGAACUCAGUACCCAGACAUCAACUAAAACAGCCAUUCCACCUCAGAACCCUUGUGCUGAGUUUGGCGAGAAUAUCUUAAGAGGAGGCCGGAACUUUGCGAAAAAUGGACAAAUUCACACCAGAGUCACAUUUGGGUCCACCAACUUGAUUCAAAAUGGCGCCCACUAUCCAAACAUUGAUAAAAUCUGCAGUUCCACCUCAGGAACUCUCAUGCUGAGUUUGGCAAUGAGAGGCAGCUGAACCUAUGCCCAAAAAAUGGGCAAAAUUGCACCAAAGUGACAUUUUGGCCCUCCAUCUCGAUUCAGUGUUGACACUUUUGGGUUAUAUGGGCCAUUGAUUUGAAUCGGUGUGCAGUUUCUCAUAUUGCAGAAAAGAAGUGUUGAAAGUUAACAACAAAACAAAAACCGACUUCUGGGACAUUUAGACUCUUUUUCUUCACCUUCAAAAGGUCUCAAAAGACUUAGGAUAAAAAGGAUGUCUUCACCUUCUUUGCCUCCUCCCUGAGAGUGAGUCUUACUCACCAUAGGUGACCAAAGAAGGGACUCUUUACACUUACAUAUAAAUGUUGAGAACUCCCUUGUAGGGUAAAAAACAUCUUGCAUAUGGCACCCUAAGACACUGUCAAUUGCAAGGAUUCAGAUUUAGAAAGGCGGUUUCUUGUUAGCUAAAUAAACAUUUGCACCAAUAAAUGGACUCAUCUAAACAGCAAGAAAAAGAAAGAUGCCUUAAAUAAAUAGGAAAUAAAAGCCUGAUACUCUCUCUCUCUCUCUCUCUCUCUCAGGAUUGUAGCCUGCUAAGUCCUACUCAGAGUAUCCCCAUUGACAUGAUUGGGCCCUUGUUAGUUGUGUCCAUGAAUUUAAACAUUGGAUGCAAUCCUAAGGCUGCAAUCCUAACCCUACUUGCCUGGGAGUAAACCCCACUGAAUUCAAUAGUGGAAAUAGUUGAGAUCGCAUUAAUUGUACUCUGGUGUUUCCCUAAGCUAGAAUGGGAUAUAGCUCCCUUUGUUCAGUCUUGUGGUAAACGUCCCCAAGGAAGAACAAAUUCCACUGGUGCGAAAUCCUUUAUCGUGGGUGGUAUUCUGACUCUUCCAGCUAAUUUGGAACAGAUGAAAAGUGGGCAUGGGCUUUUUGGUGCGACGACGGAACUCUGUUUCACAGAGAAACUAUAAACCAGCUGUUUUCCAUGGAUGGAAAACAGAUAAGGUUGGAGGGGAAGCCAGCCGAUGGAGAAAUGUGUUUUUCCUCCCAGGUCAGUUCCCUGUGUAGUGAACAAAUCAAAUGAGUCACUGUUAACACAUUGGCAGUGGGAUAGAAUUUCUCAUAAAAUCUCCCUGUUGGGUCUGUCAUGGUACCUCUGCAUGCGUAGCAGGCUUUCUGACAUUUCAAAGAUGAAAAUAGGUACUCGUGACACUACAAUUUCCAUAGCAAGCAUUCAAACACAUAGACGUACACACACUGCUAUUGUACUUUAGUGUUGGCUCUGUCCCACAAUUGGGCCUUCACUCUGCCAUUACCGGCUGCCCACCGGCUGCAUAACCAAAAGCGAGUGUGUUCUUCCAGUUAAAGAUAUACUUUAUCUGAACCGCCCUGAAACCUUUGGGUAUAGGGCAGUAUAGAAAUAAAAUUAAUACUAUUACUACUACAGUAGUACCUCGGGUUACAUACGCUUCAGUUUACAUACGCUUCAGGUUACAGACUCCGCUAACCCAGAAAUUGUGCUUCAGGUUAAUAACUUUGCUUCAGGUUAAGAACUUUGCUUCAGGAUAAGAACAGAAAUCAUGCUCCGGCGGCGCGGCGGCAGCGGGAGGCCCCAUUAGCUAAAGUGGUGCUUCAGGUUAAGAACAGUUUCAGGUUAAGAAUGGACCUCCAGAACGAAUUAAGUACUUAACCUGAGGUACCACUGUACUACUACUACUACUACUACUACUAAUAAUAAUAAUAAUACUAGAGGGGGAAAUAUAUUCAUCCUUUCACACAGUCUUAUUGUUUGAACCACACAAUGAAGAUUCAGAGAGCUUUGGGGCUGGAGCCUGUAGCUGUAAAGCCCUGUCGACACUAUAGAUUUAAUGACGUAGCACCCCACUUUAAACAGUUGUGGCUUAUUGCAAAGGAUCCUGGGAACUGUGAUUGGAUAAGGGUGCUGAAGGUUGUUAGUAGACCACUUGUUCCCCUCAGAGAACUACAAUUCCUAGGGUUUCCUGGGAAGGACGACUGAAGAAGGGUGGAAGAGGUAGCUCUUUCUGAAGGGCUGAGCUCCUCACUUGCAGAGAGCUUUUCUCCCCUUCCUCCUCUUCAAAUUUCGGUCCGUCCCACACUCACUCCAUUUUUUCCUCCCAUUUUUGCCACCCACCAGCAUGGUGCCAAUGGGAGAUUGCCUCCCAAUACAACUACCAGGCACAGUUUUCCUUAGCACCUCUCUGCUUGCUACAAUCCUAUUUAAUAAUUGAUCUUUGCAUAUCUUAAAUCUUGCCUGUUAAAUGCUGGAGAACGUGGACAAGGUGCUCGGAUUGGUCAGGGCGACUGCUUGCACCCUGGACCCUUGCCCCUCUUGGCUGAUAAAAACCAGCAGGGAGGGAACAGCUGGCUGGGUCAGGGGGGGUGUUCAAUGCCUCUUUACGAGAGGGGGUGGUCCCUGCCUGUUUGAUGAAGGCAGUGGUAAAACGGUAAAACCACUCCUGGAUUCGGAAAACCUAACUAACUACCGGCCAGUUGCUAAUCUCCCUUUCCUGGGCAAGGUUCUGGAGCGAGUGGUCGCAGACCAGACCCAGGCACCUUUGGAAGAAACUGAUUUUCUGGAUCCAUUUCAGUCAGGGUUUAGGUCCGGUUUUGGCACAGAAACUGCUUUGCUCGCUGUCAGGGAACUGACAUCGGAGCUAGAGGCGGAGGGAAGGCUCUCAAAUGAUGCUGGAGAAGGGCCCAGCAGGGAGAGAGGCAGCUCAGCAGAUGGGGAAGCAAAUCAGCGCAACACCAGGGAUAAAGGGGGGCAGACGGGGGAAUCGGCGAGAGGGCUCCAGGACUCUUCACCGGACACCAGCGGGGAGAGCACGGGUCCUCCGCUACCCACGCCCUCCCUGCGCAGAAGGCUUCCGCGCAGGGAGAGUAGGAGGAGACUUAGCGUCAAACAACUUUUAUGUUGGAAAAGGUUUAAGAAACGCCCACUGACGGAUUCUGCUAGCGACUGAGGCAGCCACGAAGUGAAGGGCUGUCCAGACAGAAAGGUUUAACAAGGCAACAUAGCCAGGAGAGGCGGCAACUUACGCACGAGCAACCCAUACUCAUUACACUCGCCCUGUGUGAUGACCUCUGUCGAGAGAGAGACAAGGGAAACAUGUCCCUGUUAAUUCUCCUCGACCUCUCAGAGGCUUUCAGUACCAUCAACCAUGGUGUCCUUCUGAAGCGGCUAUCUGAACUAGGGGCGGGUGACACUGCUUUGCAGUGGUUCCAGUCCUACUUGGAUGGUGGUUCCCAGAGGGUGUUGCUUGGGGAAUGCCUUUCAGCCCCAUCAGACCUUCAAUGUGGGGUUCCACAGGGCUUGAUCCUAUCCCCCACGUUGCUUAACAUCUACAUGAAAGCAAUGGGUGGGGUUAUCCGAAGGUUCAGAGUACGUUGUCAGCAGUAUGCUGAUGUCACUCAGCUCUUUCUUCUUUGCAUCUGCAGGUGAGGCAGUGGAAGUGCUGGACCAGUGUCUUGCUUCCGUAAUGGACUGGAUGAGAGCCAACAGACUGAAACUCAAUCCAGAUAGAGGCAGUUAGUGGGUGGUUCCCUAGACCAGAUGGGUGGGAGGUUGCUUCCAUUUGAUGGGGCUACAGUUCCUCUGAAGGAGCCAGUUCGUAGCUUGGGGGUCCUCUUGGAUCCUUUGCUGUCGCGCGAGACCCAGGUGGCCUCAGUGCCCCGGAGUGCCUUCCAUCAGCUUUGGCUGGUGACCCAGCUAUGCCCCUAUCUGGACAGGAAUAGCCUAACUACUGUUGUCUAUGCUCUGGUAACCUCAAGGUUAGAUUACUGCAAUGCGUUAUACGUAGGGCUGCCUCUGAAGACGGUUUGGGAACAUCAGCUAGUACAGAAUUCAGCGGCCAGGUUGCUCACCAGAGCAAGACGGUUUGAGCAUCUUACACCGAUCCUGGUCCGACUGCACUGGCUACCAAUUAGUUUCCGGGCCCAGUUCAAAGUGCUGGUUUUGACCUAUAAGGCCUUAAAUGGCUCAGAACCACCAUACCUCAAGAACCACCUCUUUCCAUGUGAACCUAUCCUGGACCCUGAGAUCAUCCUCUGAGACCCUUCUUCAUAUGUCACCUCCUCGAGAGGUCCGGAGGGUGGCAACACAGGAACUGGGCCUUCUCUGCAAUGGCUCCCUGUCUGUGGAAUACUCUCCCUGGGGAAGUUUACCUGGCGCCUUCAUUAUACACCUUUAGGCACCAAGCAAAAUUCCUUUUUAACUAGGCCUUUGGUUGAUUUGAUUGGCAUCCUAUGCCCUUUUAAAAUGGGUGUUUUUUUUCGGGGGAGGGGGUUAUUAGGUUGGUGUUUACAUUUUGAUUAUAUAUUUUGUGGUUUUAUAUUUUGCUUUUUCCCCCAUGAACCGCCCUGAGACCUCCGGGGAUAGGGCAAUAUAUAAAUUAAAUUAAUAAUAAUAAUAAUAAUAAUAAUAAUAAUAAUAAUUUAACGUCAUGUCCGGUUUGACCCUUAAGUGUUUAUUUAGUCUGGAGCAGCACAUGUUGUUGAAUCGUUUUACUCUUCCUUCAUCGAAAUAAAAUAAAGUAAUGGUUUUGCUAACGGCUUGUUAUUCGUUUGCCACCACACAGCAGGUUUCUCUGAGAGCAGUUUUUUUACGCUGCUCUCCGCUCGCCCACGUCUUUACUAUACUCAGUACAAUACGCGGGUUUCUGGGAAUGUUUGAUUGUUAUGCUGUCAGUCACUGCUUGAAGGCAAAAACAGAAAAAAGGGACAAAAAGAUCCUUGAGAGCUGGUUUCUGUAGUAAUAGCCAGAACCACCGUGGCAGAGUCACUAGGAGGGAGGGGUUCAGGAACACAGGUCUGGAGAGCUAAAGUGGAUUCAAGCGUUAUGUCAUCAAAUCUGAGCAAUAAAACUUUUUGUGGUUUGGAAAGUGGCAUGGAAAAUGCACCCAAAAUUGUUGGGAUGAAUGAAACGUUAAUGGGAAUUCUGUAAGCACUCUUCAAACGAGUUGGGGUGAAUGAUACUUGUCCAAGACCGGAUUCAGGUUUGAUGAGGCCCUCAACCAAUGAAGGUAAUGGGGCCCUUUAUAUGUCCAGCUGUCCUUUGUCAACAGCAAAUUGUCACUGUUUUUUGUGUUGAAUAUAUGCUAUAUGCGGGACUUGACAUCUUUCCGCAGGGCCUGCAAGACAGAGCUGUUCCGCCUGGCCUUUGGUUUGGACUCAAUCUGACCCUUAUGUUUCCCUCCCCUUAUGGUUUUGAUCUAUGGGCUACUUUUAAAAUGAAGCUGCAUUUUAAAUUGCAUUUUAACCUGUAUUUUAAAUUGGUUGUUGUUGUUGUUGUUGUUGUUGUUGUUUUACUGUAAUUUUAAUAGUGCUAGCCGCCCUGAGCCCGGCUCUGGCUAGCGAGGGCAGGGUAUAAAUAAAAUUUAUAAUUAUUAUUAUUAUUAGGUAAUUUAUGGACCUAGUAGGUAUCUAAAGCCAUUUGCACAUAACAAAUAGGAGCUUACACAACACGAAACACUGUUGCUGUAUGUAGGUUUUAUUUAUUUUUAUUUUAUUUGUUUUUUAUCUUAUAUUUUGGAACUGUACAUCCAGGAUUUUUUCCCUUUAAUUUUUUGGGGGCCCCCAAGAGAGUGGGGCCCUAAGCCAUAGCUUGUUUAGCUUAUACGUAAAUCCGGCACUGUGCUUGUCGUCCAACUGCCCUGUAAGCAGGUCAGAAAUGAAUGCUCAAGGAAGACCGGAUAUAAUCUAACUUCCACGUAAACUUUGUGCAAGCAAAUCCAGAGGAAUGCUCAAUAUGUAGGAGCCCAUAGGCUGAGAGACUGAGAGCAGCAUUCCUCUGUCAGAUGCUGGAGGCUUUUAGCCUGCGAGGUCAGAGGUGGAUUAGCCUAAGAGACUCCCGAGUGACUUGAGGAUACAAGACCCGCACGUGCAGGCUUCUCAAGGGCAUAGCUCCUUUUGUGCAUCUUAAGUCUUCUUUGGUGUCAGGCUGAAGUACAGUGGUACCUCAGGUUACAUACGCUUCAGGUUACAGACUCUGCUAACCCAGAAAUAGUGCUUCAGGUUAAGAACUUUGCUUCAGGAUGAGAACAGAAAUUGUGCUCUGGCAGCGCGGCGGCAGCAGGAGGCCCCAAUUAGCUAAAGUGGUACCUCAGGUUAAAAACAGUUUCAGGUUAAGCACGGACCUCCGGAUCGAAUUAAGUACCGUAUUUUUUGCUCUAUAAGACUCACUUUUUCCCUCCUAAAAAGUAAGGGGAAAUGUGUGUGAGUCUUACGGAGCAAAUGCAGGCUGUGCAGCUAUCCCAGAAGCCAGAACAGCAAGAGGGAUUGCUGCUUUCACUGCACAGCGAUCCCUCUUGCUGUUCUGGCUUCUGAGAAUCCAAAUAUUUUUUUUCUUGUUUUCCUCCUCCAAAAACUAGGUGCGUCUUGUGGUCUGGUGCGACUUACAGAGCGAAAAAUACGGUACUUAACCCGAGGUACCACUGUAUUCAGCCGUGCCAGAUUUCGUAAGGUUUGGGGUGUGGCAAAAAUGCCCCCUUCCCCGGAAAAUUGCAUGCACUCUGUGGAGAAGGUGGAUAAGGGAGGUCCUUUUCUCCUACAGUCAUACCUUGGUUUUCAAAAAGCUUAGUUCUCGAACAUUUUGGCUCCCGAAUGCCUGAAACCCGGAAGUGACUGUUCUGGUUUGCGAACUAUUUUUGGAAGCCGAACUUCCAACGCGGCUUCUGUGGCCUCCAAUUGAGUGCAGGAAGCUCCUGCAGCCAAUCAGAAGCCGUGCCUUGGUUUCCGAAUGUUUUCGGAAGUUGAACGGACUUCCGGAACAGAUUCCGUUUGAGAACCAAGGUAUGAUUGUACUCUCCUAAUAGGAGAACUAGGGGCGUACCAACGAAGCUGGAUAUUGGAAGAUUUGGGACAGAUAACAGAAAGGACGUCUUCACACAUUGCAUGGAAUUCACUCCCACAAAAACUAGUGAUGGCUCCCAACUCGGAUGGCUUUAAAAGAGUUUUAGGCAAAUUCAUGGGGGUUAGUGCUAUCAAUGGCUACUACCUGCAAUGGCUAUGCCGCGCUGUCAGAAUGCCUCUGAAUACCAGUUGUUGAGAAUUCCUGUUGCUUCACGUCAUGUUUGUGAGCUUCCAGGAGUCAUCAGGUUGGCUACUGUGUGAAUAGGAUGCUGGACUAGAUGGGCUGGAUCCAGCGGGGCUUUUCUGACCCAUUAAUGCCCAGAGUGGGCAAAUUUUAAGGACCUCUGGUUUUGGGAUGGCCUCUAAAAGGACUUUUCUUCUUUUCCUUCAACGAAAAGCCUUGCCACCGCUUUAUGAUGGCUAAGCCGCAUUGCGUUCCUGGCACAGGAUGCCCCUGGGAACAGGGCAGUAUCCUGACCCAGCAUUGUUUUCAAGGGCAUCCAUUAGGAAAAUGUGACUAUCCGUAUUGUGGCUCUUUAGCAGCAUCCAAGGCACAAGCGCUCUCUCUCUCUCUCUCAUUUCUUUUCAACAACAACAAAUCGCCCUUUCCCCUAAGCACUCCAUGGCAACCAAGACUCCAAAACAAAUGGCAGGACAAACCUGGCUGAGCCCACCUGCGAUUUGACUCUUCCUACCCUAGAAUUGACUCCCAGCGCUGAAAGUUACUCCUGACCAUGACAUGCCUUUCUUAUGUAAGCGCAUGAAAGAUGCGGCGCCCGCCUCUCGCUUAAUUUCCUCUUCUCUUCCCGUUCCUUCCCAGCCACCCACACUUUUACAUCGUGUCUCUCAGACUAGAAGCCAUUAUCUGAAAUUGCGCACGGCCUUGAGUGCUUUGGCAGAAAGGCAGCAUGGAUUGCAGUUUGUUCAUUUACAGAGGAGUCCAAAGCAGGGAGAUAGAUCUGUCAGUGCAAAAAUCCACAGCAUCCAAGGAGCUACAAGUGCCGCAGAACUUGCACCCAAGUCCAGCAAUUCUGCCGCACCACACAAUCCACACGCACAGCUCCCGGCAGGCCCAGUGGCCCCGCCCACCUCAGGGCAGCCAAUCAGGGACCCAAGCACACAGCACAUGCUCCAGGACGACAGCUGGAACAAAUAGGCGUGGUGCCAGCAACACCCAACCACACAGAUAUUGAAACCCCUCAUCCCCAUCAUGCAUCACUCUGUGGCCCAGAGCAAGGAGUGUGAGUUGGCCCACUCUUGGAAGCCGUGAUGCCUCUGCAGGGUCAUCCACCAAGGCGGCAGCAUGUGAAACACAAGUGGUGUAGCGUGGGUUGCUGGAGCCCGGGGCAGACAACCCGCCAAUGCCACCUAAACACCCCUGCACCUGAGCCAAGUGGGACCAAGCUGCACUGCCUGCCUGCCUGUGGGCAGGGGGGAGCCUGGCUGGCCGACGUGGCCCUUGGCAGGCAAAUCUCCCUGACGCCCAGGGAGAGGAGCAUGGGACAGGCUAUGCUGGGGUUGCCCCUCACCUGUGUCCCUCUGUCCGCACACUCUCACCUUUUGUCAGGGAAGGGUGAGGAUACUCAUGGAAGCCGGCACCUGCGUGGGGGCACCUGGUUGUGCCCCAUCAGAAGUUGUGCCCUGGGCCACAGCCCCCAUGUUCCCCCCCACUAUGCCACUACAAAACACCACUACCACAGCAGCAAAUGCAAGGGCGGCAGCUAGUCUCCCAGCUAGAUGCCUUGGCAGGUAGCUUCACCAACAGGAGUCAGUGUGGUGUAGUGGUUAAGAGCGGUGGACUCGUAAUCUGGUGAACCGGGUUCGCAUCUCCGCUCCUCCACAUGCAGCUGCUGGGUGACCUUGGGCCAGUCACACUUCUUUGAAGUCUCUCAGCCCCACUCACCUCACCGGGUGUUUGUUGUGGGGGAGGAAGGGAAAGGAGAAUGUUAGCUGCUUUGAGACUCCUUCGGGUAGUGAUAAAGCGGGAUAUCAAAUCCAAACUCUUCUUCUGAUGGAGUGGCUUGGAGACUGUGACCUCAAAAGCUCACCUUGGCUUGUGGAGUUUGCUUGCCUGAGCCUAAGGAAGCUGUUGCCCCAUAUCAAACCUCUGGAAAGGCACCCACCGCAUAAAACUGCGUCACUACAUACCCGACACUUUCGUGGGAGUGCCAGCUUCAAGGCGGCGUCUGUCUCCUGCCAGAAACACCUGGGCUCCUGCUUCUCCUAGCUCACCUGCAUCACCUGCAAUAUUUCUUGCCAGCAGCUUUGGGGGGGAUGGAUGACUUUGUACGGGAGGCUGCAUUCCAGCCAUGCAAAAGACAGCUUUUUACACACACACCUCCUCAUUCUUCUAGGCAACCAAGAGGCAUUAUUUCUGUCCCAGAACAGUUUGUGGAGCAGGAUCAGUGAGGGGUUCUGACCUGGCGGGAAUGGGCUGAGGAGAGUGCCAGGGAACAGAUAGGGAAUUCUGAACCCUCCAACAUUUCUCCAAUGAAAAUAGAGACAUGCUCUUUAAUAAUAAUAAUUCUAUUAUUUAUACCCCACCCAUCUGACUGGGUUGCCCCAGCCACUCUGGGCAGGUUCCAACAUAUAUAAAAACAUAAUAAAACAUUAAACGUUUUUUUAAAAAAACUUCCCUAUACAAGGCUGCCUUCUGAAGUCUUCCAAAGGACGUAUAAUAAUAAUAUUAUAAUAAUUUAUUAUUUAUACCCCGCCCAUCUGGCUAGGCUUCCCCAGUCACUCUGGGCGGCUUCCAACAAAAUAUUAAAAUACAGUAAUGCAUCAAACAUUAACAGCUUCCCUAAACAGGGCUGCCUUCAGAUGUCUUCUAAAAGUCUGGUAUUUGUUGUUCUCUUUGACAUCUGGUGGGAGGGCGUUCCACAGGGCGGGUGCCACUACCAAGAAGGCCCUCUGCCUGGUUCCCUGUAACUUGGCUUCUCGCAGCGAGGGAACCGCCAGAAGGCCCUCGGAGCUGGACCUCAGUGUCCGGGCAGAACAAUGGGGGAUAGUUACUUAUCUCCUUGGCUUGGGGUUCACGUAACUCCAUACCCUCCAACAGUUCUCCAAUGCAGAUAGAGACGUCCUAAGGAAAAGCGGGACAUUCCGGGAUCAAAUCAGAAACCAGGACAGCUUCUGUAAAUCUGGGACUGUUCCUGGAAGAUAGGGACAUUUGGAGAGUCUGCUAUCCCAUAUAGCUACUUUUCCCAGGGAAAGGGUGCCUGUAAGCACCCUUUUAAAAGCAAGCACUUACUGUGUAGCUUGGCUCUCCCUAAUGCAGAUUUUGCACGUGGGGGUUCUUGAUUGCAGCCCAGGAAAAUGACAGCAAAUUAUUUCAAGGGUGGAGAGCCAGGCCUGACCCCAUCCAGCUCUGCUUUCGACUGGCAUGUGUCUCUUGUUUUAAAAUUGCUUCUUGCCUCUGCUAAAGCGUGGCUAAGAGAUGCUUAGGCAACCGUUGCAUAUAUCAUGAUACGCUUUGCGUAUUUGCUAACCCGGCGACACCCACGCUGUCCCGGCAAAGUGUGAAGCGUGGUAUCUGAAAAGAGCUUACGGUUUGUGUGUGUGUGUGUGUGUGUGCGCGCGCGCACAGGCACAAGAGAGGGAGGAGAAGCCUUAUGUUACGGCGCUUCUCCUGCCCUUACGAAACCCGGUGCUCAAAUUACAAAAUUGCUGUGUAAGUCGGGGAGAGCUUGCAUGUAAUUAGCGUUUCAGCUGCAUCGCAUCUCGGAGCUGGAAUGGCUCCAUCCUGGCCCCGUGCCCUGCCACCCACCGCCGCCACCCCUUACCCACACACACACACACGGGUUUGGGAGAACUUCAGCCAAAGUCCAUGGGCAUGAAGCCUGUGACAGCCUGACAGCUGGAAGCCUAGACAGAGUCUGCACACAGCAGCAGAGUUGUCUCAACCCAUUAUCUGCCUUGUCCCAGGAUUCUGUCCAUUGUCAGCCUCAGCCUUCCGAGCAAUUUUUGUCUCUUUCCUUCUGGCACGAAAAACGGCGAUGAUGAUGACGGUGAUUAAAUUACAUGAUGGAUCAUCUCAUCUUGAUCAGAGGGCGGGGGGGGGCGAGGGGGAAGGGAAGAAAAACGUUGCCAGUAAACACAGUAUCGGAUUUAUACGUUAUUUAUUAUCAUAACUAAGGCUCUAAAGCCACGGCAUAAUUUAUUUCUUUUGUCCAGUGCUUUUUAUUAUCUAAUUUGCAAUGCCUAAGAAAUCAUUUUUCUUUAAACCGUUUAACAUGCUUUAUGACCAGCAUUCUCAUCGUCCCUUUUUUUUUUUUUUUGAAUGUGGGGGGGUUGUAAUUGAAACCAUUUUCGAAUUAUGUCUUUCUCUUACGCAGAACGGACACUUGCGGCUUUUCUUUACCGAAUUUCCCUCCCCAUGUGUAAGAAUUUCCUUUCCUGGGAUGGCGUGUCCCUCUAGAGAGCUAUGUUUAAGUUAUUGGGAUAAAUUUAAAAAGUGCUUAGUUAAAUUCCACUCGACUUUGGCAUCUUGUUUGCCAGCUGCAAAGGGUUUUUUUUUUUUUGAGGGGUGACAAUCCAGUUGGGGGUAGCUCAGUUGACAGAGCAUUCCACUCUUCAACGCAGGGUUGUGGAUUCAAGUCCCAUGUUUUGGCCAAAGAUUCCUGCAUUGCAGGGGGUUGGACUAGAUGGCCAGAAUCACUCUACAAUUCUGUGAGUCUGUGAAUCCAGCAACUCUAGUAGAGGGGUGGCGAACCCCUGUCCUUUCAACACCCAUCCUAGCUGAAAACUGGCCGUGCUGGCUGGGUCUUAAUGGGAGCUGGUGUUCAGGAACAUCGACAGAGCCAGUGGUUUAUCACCCUCUUCUGUAUGAACCGUAGAAUCAUAGAAUUAUAGAGCUGGAAGGGUGAUAAACCUGGGUGGGCUUGAACCACCAACCUUCUGGUUAGCAGCCAGACACAUUGACCUGAUCCCUUCACUCGCCCUUUUACAGGUGCUGCAGAAUAGGUAAAGGUAAAGGGACGCCUGACCAUUAGGUCCAGUCGUGACCAACUCUGGGGUUGCGGCGCUCAUCUCUCUUUACUGGCCAAGGGAGCCGGUGUACAGCUUCCGGGUCAUAGAAUCAUAGAAUCAUAGAAUCAUAGAAUCAUAGAGUUGGAAGAGACCACAAGGGCCAUCGAGUCCAACCCCCUGCCAAGCAGGAAACACCAUCAGAGCACUCCUGACAUAUGGUUGUCAAGCCUCUGCUUAAAGACCUCCAAAGAAGGAGACUCCACCACACUCCUUGGCAGCAAAUUCCACUGUCGAACAGCUCUUACUGUCAGGAAGUUCUUCCUAAGGUUUAGGUGGAAUCUUCUUUCUUGUAGUUUGGAUCCAUUGCUCCGUGUCCGCUUCUCUGGAGCAGCAGAAAACAACCUUUCUCCCUCCUCUAUGUGACAUCCUUUUAUAUAUUUGAACAUGGCUAUCAUAUCUCCCCUUAACCUCCUCUUCUCCAGGCUAAACAUGCCCAGCUCCCUUAGCCGUUCCUCAUAAGGGUCAUGUGGCCAGCAUGACAAAGCCGCUUCUGGCGAACCAGAGCAGCGCACGGAAACGCCGUUUACCUUCCCGCCGGAGCGGUACCUAUUUAUCUACUUGCACUUUGACGUGCUUUCAAACUGCUAGGUUGGCAGGAGCAGGGACUGAGCAACGGGAGCUCACCCCAUUGCGGGGAUUCGAACAGCCGACCUUCUGAUUGGCAAGUCCUAGGCUCUGUGGUUUAACCCACAGCGCCACCCACCCAUCCUGUAUUUUUUGUAUGUUAUUAUUCUCCCCAACUUAUCUAUUUUUUGAUAAUCCUGGGUGGGCUUGAACCACCAACCUUCUGGUUAGCAGCCAGAUGCACUGACCUGCUCACUUCAGUCGCCCUUUUACAGGUGCCACAGAAUACCCAUCCUGUAUUUUUUGUAUGUUAUUCUCCCAAACUUAUCUAAUUUUUUCUACACCUUCCCCCUCCCAACACACACAUAUGCACAUUACUUGGCUGGAGAACAGCCCUGUAAAAUCCAAGUGCAACUUGGAAAGGCUGGGUUCAGGUUUGUGCGUUCUUCUAGGAAAGUGCAAAUUAGGUUGGUUCGCCUUCAAAAAUACAAUCUGAAUUUGACCUCGCCCCCUCCCAUCCCUGCAUAUCAGUGGUCCUAGCAAUAUUUGUGAUUGUUCUCCCAGACAUUUCUGGAGAAAUGUGUUGCUCAGUCCACAGUAGGCUGUUUUGAAGAUCCUACCACCCACAGAGUAUUUUCCUCACCAGAGUUUCUUUUGUACGGAUACCUUUCUCUUGUACGUGAGAAAUAUAGGGGGUGACGUGUGUAUUUGUAUGUUUGCAUUUAAUGUAUCAGCCUCUGAAGACGGUUCGGAAACUUCAGCUGGUGCAGAAUUCAGUAGCCAGGUUGCUCACCAGAGCAAGACUUCUUCAUGUGUCACCUCCUUGAGAGGUCCAGAGGGUGGCAACACGAGAACGGGGCCUUCUCUGCAGUGGCUCCCCUCUGUGGAAUGCUCUCCUCAGGGAAGUUCACAUGGCGCCUUCAUUAUAUACCUUUAGGCGCCAGGCAAAAACGUUCCUUUUUAACGAAGCCUUUUGUUGAUCCGAUUUACAUCCUAUGCCCUUUUAAAAUGUGUUUUUUUGUGUGAGGGAGGUGUGCUAUUGGGUUGUUGUUUUUUAUUUCUAUUAGGUAUUUUGUGGUUUUAUAUCUUGAUUUUAUUCUGUGAACCGCCCUGAGACCCCUGGGUAUAGGGUGGUAUAUAAAUUCUAAUGAUAAUAAUAAUAAUAAUAAUAAUAAUAAUAAUAAUAAUAAUAAUAAAUUUUGAUACUAGAGCAUUUAAUCAGGACUGCAGCCUACGGGGCGGGGGGUAAAUGCUCUCCCUCUAAACCCUGUCACACAAACUGUGUUGCCAUUGGAAAUCUCUCCGAAGUCAGUUGUUAGUCCUGGGAGGGAAGCAACAUUAGAAGAGUCUAGACCAGGGGUCAGCAAACAUUUUCAGCAGGGGGCCAGUCCACUGUCCCUCAGAUCUUGUGGUGGGCCGGACUAUAUUUUGAAGGGGGGUGGAAUGAACGAAUUCCUAUGCCCCACAAAUAACCCAGAGAUGCAUUUUAAAUAAAAGGACACAUUCUACUCAUGUAAAAACACGCUGAUUCCUGGACCAUCCGCAGGCCAGAAUUAGAAGGCAAUUGGGCCAGAUCCGGCCCCCAGGCCUUAGUUUGCCUACCCAUGGUCUAGACUCUAGACCAAGUCAAAGGCUCAUCAGCCAGCAUCUAUUCUCGCAGGAUGCAACCCAGCCUAUGGGAAGCCUGCAAGCUGGAACCCAGUUCAACAGUUUUCUCCCCACAUGGGAUACUUGCCCUUUCUCUCAACAAACAAAAAGCCUCAAAUUUGUAACCUUUCUUCAAAAGGGAGCAGCUCCAAGCUUUAUGGGAGGUUUAUGGUUGUUUAUUCAUGUUUCAUGGUGGCAAUUUAAAAAAAGGAGGGGUGCCUCCACAUGUUUGCAUUUUGAUCACUCUCUUAUUUAUUUUUCUACACUUAUUUUGUGUUAACAUUCAGCCACAUGAGUCAGCAAAGCAGUUAGGAGGGAGGGGAAGCCUGGCUGAAAGGAAUUGACUUAGCGCCGCACAACAAUUCAAAAGUGUUUUGUAAAAUAUGUGGGCAGCAUAUUGAGGGAAAAGUUUCAUAAGCCACCGCAGGCUGUUCUACAGCAAAUAGAUUCUGCCGAGCAGUUGAAUAACCGCAGAAGACCCUUUUGCUCUCGGAGGUUCGUAAUCCUCACAAUCCAUUUUAAAGAAACAAAUGCAUUCCUGGGGUUAGUUUGCCUCUCUGUGCUGUGUUACCAUUAAGGACUCCUCCAGCUGACAUGAGCAUUCAUCCAGAUUUGCUUGUACAACGCUUACAGGGCAAUUGGACCACAUCCGGCCUUUCCUGAACAUUCAUUCGGAUCUGUUUAGAGGCAAAUUAUAUGACAAGGAGCAUCCAUCCUGAUUUGCCCUCAGGUCGUACCAUUAAUCAUUCAUUCAGCCCAAUGCUUUUCAGUGGAUUUCCCCAUCACUUUCCUAACUGCAAACAUCCCAUUUUGUUCUAUAAAAGUGGAUUUGUUGUACAAGGGUGACAGACUGCUUUCAUCUGCUAUUUUACAUUUGUAUUUUAUUGUGGAAAUUCUAGGUUCCUCCUCCUUCUAACUUUUGAUCUUUUCUCCUUUUUGCCUGUCCAUUCAUUGUCUUUUCUUCUACUGUGAUCCUAGUUUAAGAUUUCUUUCCCACCUUGUCCCACAUUUUCUCCAUAUGUCCACAUAUCUCUUAAAAGGUAAAGGGACCCCUGACCAUUAGGUCCAGUCACGGACGACUCUGGGGUUGCGGCGCUCAUCUCGCUUUGUUGGCCAAGGGAGCCGGCGUACAGCUUCCGGGUCAUGUGGCCAGCAUGACUAAGCCGCUUCUGGCGAACCAGAGCGGCGCACGGAAAUGCCGUUUACCUUCCCGCCGGAGCGGUACCUAUUGAUCUACUUGCACUUUGAUGUGCUUUAGAACUGCUAGAUUGGCAGGAGCAGGGACCGAACAACAGGAGCUCACCCCAUCACAGGGAUUCGAACCGCCGACCUUCUGAUUGGCAAGUCCUAGGCUCUGUGGUUUAACCCACAGUUCCACCCGCGUCCCCCACAUAUCUCUUAAAGGUCUGCAAUUCCUGAAGACUACAGGUGCAGGGAACCUCAGACCCAUGGCCCAAAGGUGGCCCCCAAGACAUUGUCUGGCCCUGGAAUUCUCCCCAGCCACAGCCUUCACUGACCCUUCAUUGUCCCCCAAGUGCUCUUGCCUGGCUGAAAUGUGUAUUUGAACUCUGAGAAUGCUUCUUUCCUUGUGGCCCUCAGACUGAAACAUAUUCCCUAUUCCUGUUUUACCAUGUAAGAUUCCUAUUCCUAGAUUUCCCCAUCUUUUCCCCUUCUAGUUAGGACUCAGCUUCCUUAAUCUGUUUAUGGGGGCCCAAAAUGUGUUGUUUUUUGUGUGCGUUUCCUUUCAGAGAACUAGUUCUGCUCACUCACUUAAAGGGGAUUGAAACAAAACUGUAAAUUAAAUAGUUAAAUAAGUACUUGGUACGUAAAAGCUAAUAUACUGUAGGAGCAUAAAAUUAAUCAUCACACCACCAUCUGCAAGUAAGGAAAUUCAUCAGCCAUCUGACAGUGAAAAUUCAUUAGCACAUUAGAGAAUAAAGAUUCAUUAGCAAGAGCAGUGGAGAGAAGGGAAAGAAGGAGGAAAGGGGGGACGACAAAAAAAAUGUUUAUUUUAUUAUUUACAUGGUUCUCUCCCCCCCCCACGGAUGACGCGGGUGGCGCUGUGGGUUAAACCACAGAGCCUAGGACUUGCUGAUCAGAAGGUCGGCGGUUCGAAUCCCUGCGACGGGGUGAGCUUCAGUUGCUCGGUCCCUGCUCCUGCCAACCUAGCAGUUCGAAAGCACAUCAGAGUGCAAGUAGAUAAAUAGGUACCUCUCUGGCGGGAAGGUAAACGCCGUUUUCGUGCGCUGCUCUGAUUUGCCAGAAGCAGCUUAGUCAUGCUGGCCACAUGACCCAGAAGCUAUACGCCUGCUCCCUCGGCCAACAAAGCGAGAUGAGCGCCGCAACCCCAGAGUCGGCCACGACUGGACCUAAUGGUCAGGGGUCCUUUUACCUUUACCUCCCCCCCUCCUCAUUUUGAUUCCCGCAACUAGCCCGUGAGGUAGGCUGGGCUUAGAGGCAAUGACUGGUGUGCUUUGUGGCUGAGUGGGGAUUUGAACCCUGAUCCCAGUCCAAAACCCUCAACACUAUACCACACCAGCUGUUAUUGUUAUAUUAGUCCAAAUAGUCGUAUUGUUAGGAAAUAUCCAGUUAAUUCUGUUACAACCUAUAAUACUGCAAAUUUCAGGUCUCUCCUUUAACCACUAUGAACCCUUAUAAUCUUGUUCGUUUUGGUGGCGCCUGUAACAAAAAAAGAAAGAACAGAAGAUUAUCUUCUUGAAGAGAAAGUUAUAAAUAGAUGUCAGCGACACAAUUCUUCUAUUUCUUCUCCCUGUUAGUACUCAGUAGGGCAAUAGGUGAUCAUCCACAGACCAGAUUUUGCCCAGUCACUGAUCACAGGCGGUACCCAAUUAAGUUGUACUCGAAGUAGACGCACUGAAGUUAAUGGGGCUAAGUGAGUCAUGCCCAUGCAUUUCAUUGGGUCUACUCUGAGCAAAAGUUGUUUAUUCAUUUAACAGAUGUGUAAGCUGCUGCACAAUUUGGGGCAACGGCGCUGUGGGCCUAGGACUUGCCGAUCAGAAGGUUGGCGGUUCGAAUCCCCGCGACGGGGUGAGCUCCCGUUGCUCGGUCUCUGCUCCUGCCAACCUAGCAGUUAAAAAGCACAUCAAUGUGCAAGUAGAUAAAUAGGUACCGCUCUGGCAGGAAGGUAAACGGCGUUUCCGUGCGCUGCUCUGGUUCGCCAGAAGCAGCUUAGUCAUGCUGGCCACAUGACCCAGAAGCUGUACGCCGGCUCCCUCGGCCAAUAAAGCGAGAUGAGCGCCGCAACCCCAGAGUUGGCCACGACUGGACCUAAUGGUCAGGGGUCGCUUUACCUUUAUGAGAUAAAAAAAAAAAGAAGGCAAACUCUUUAAAAAGAGCAGAACCAUUUCUAAAGAUGUACUGCUAAUAUCUCAUAAAUGGAGGGGUCACACUACGAGGGGAUGGUGGUGCCAAUGUGGUACCACCACCCCCAGAGGUGAGUACACUAGCCCUAACCCCCCGGCGCGGUGGGCAUUUGAUACUAGCGAAACCCCUUUGAGAAGAACAUUGCAGGAUUAAAAGCUAGGUUACCUUAAUCACUAUUGACAUCUUUUCACGAACUGUACUGAAGACAAUUUAGAUGAGUUCUGACACCAUGAAUUGUGCCGCGUCAGAUGGGGAGCGGCGAAAGGAACAAGAAGGAAUUCCUGUUUCCCCUUUGAACAAUGCAGCUAAAGAGGAAUGAGUAAUGUUUUUCCAGCCCUCUCAUUUGCUUCUGAUUCAGGCUGUUUAGCUCUUUGGCACUAACUGCAACUCUGGCAUAAAAAUAGAAGCCAUAAUUCAAAACUUCAACAAUUCCCCCCCUUUUUUUAAAAAAAAGAAGAAGUGCUCAUUUGUCUAUUGUAAAGAGAUAUAUUUUUUCACUCCGCAGUAAGCAUCCCAGAAACAGAUAUUAAACAAUUUGCUCGUGAUUGUUUAAUAACACGUAGCAUUUAUAGAUCCUCUUUUCUUCUUUUACUCUUUGAAGCGCUUUAUGUACAUCGUUGCAAUUGUCCUUUCCAAUUCCCAGUGGUGAUGUAUGGAAGUGAGAGCUGGACCAUAAAGAAGGCUGAUCGCCAAAGAAUUGAUGCUUUUGAAUUAUGGUGCUGGAGGAGACUCUUGACGGUCCCAUGGACUGCAAGAAGAUCAAACUUCUCCAUUCUGAAGAAAAUCAGCCCUGAGUGCUCACUGGAAGGACAGAUCCAGAAGCUGAGACUCCAAUACUUUGGCCACCUCAUAAGAAGAGAAGACUCCCUGGAAAAGACUCUGAUGCUGGGAAAGAUGGAGGGCACAAGGAGAAGGGGACGACAGAGGACAAGAUGGUUGGACAGUGUUUUCGAAGCUACCAGCCUGAGUUUGACCAAACUGCAGGAGGCAGAAGAAGACAGGAGUGCCUGGCGUGCUCUGGUCCAUGGGGUCACGAAGAGUCGGACACGACUAAACAACAACAACAAUUCCCUGGAAAUUGGUUCCCUGGGGAUAUGGACUGGGUGCUUAACAGCUCAGGGAAUUGUAGCUCCAAGAGGAAAAUAGGGGGCUCCUAACGACUCUCAGCUCCCUGAGCAAAUUAUAGUUCCCAGAAUGCUUUGCGGGGAGCCAUCAUUGUUUAAAGUGUUGUGUUAAUGUUUUAGAUAUAGGUGCAGAUGUGGCCUUGAUAGCGCUUGGCAGCUGCAAUUUUUAUAUGUGUUAGCAAUAUGGGGGGGGCGGUUGCUGCCCUCUUCCUUGGCAGCCCCUCUUUAUUCCAACACAUACACAUGCAGAAUUGAAUCUGUGGUGGUACUGUUAUUGCAGAAGCCAUGGGGAAUGUUCACUGCCUUUUGAAUUAACUUAUGCAUCUUCUAAAGGAGGUAAAGGCGGUAAGACUGUUGAGCACAAAGUCAAGAGUAGUGGUUCUCAGGUGUGGCCUGCCACACUGGUGUGGCAGGAGAGGAUGGCAAGUGUGGCAGGAAGAUUCAGGGACAAUCAAAAAAACAUUUAAACUGGGGUAGGCAACCUAAGGCCCGGGGGCCGGAUGCGGCCCAAUCGCCUUCUCAAUCCGGCCCGCGUAUGGUCCGGGAAUCAGCGUGUUUUUACAUGAGUAGAAUGUGUCCUUUUAUUUAAAAUGCAUCUCUCGGUUAUUUGUGGGGCAUAGGUGUUAAGUUGUGGGUGAACAUAUCAGACGACACAGCGAUUCUUCAAACAGCUCUUGUUUAUUCACAGGCCCAGAACAGAACUAGGCUGAAGAGUUCAGCCAACCUGCUUAUAUAGAGCUCAACUACAAAGCAACAGUAACAACUUUCUGUAACUAUCCAAUCACUGAACGUCACUUUCACUUCCUUAUUUGCAUACGUGGACCAGAGUGAAAACUAUCUACAGUAUCCCCCUGCUGGCCCAGGGUGAGAACUUCAGUACAUAACAAUAGGAAUUUGUUCAUUAUUAUUUUUUCAAAAUAUAGUCUGGCCUACCACAUGGUCUGAGGGACGGUGGACCAGCCCACGGCUGGAAAAGGUUGCUGACCCCUGAUUUAAACAUUUCGGUAUAAUAUAGUACAGUACAGCAUAGGGCUGUGUGAUAUAUCGAUACAUCGUCCAAAAUCGGUUUGAAGUCCGUAUUGUGAUAUCAGUUUCAUAAUUUUUUGACCUGGCAAUAUAUCGCAAAUCAUGAUGUGUGUGUUUGUGUGCUAUGCAAAAAUCACAUUGUGGGGGGGAAACAGUGAAGCCAGCCCAUGCCUCUAUGGUACUCCAUCCUUUUUUCAGACAUUGUGAUAUAUCAGUUUGUCGUUAUGUUUAGCUGGUGAUAUAGCGUGAUGCUGAAAACCAAAUAUUGCCCAGCCCUAGUAUUGUAUUGUAUAAUAUGUGGCACUGUGGUCUAAACCACUGAGCCACUUGGGCUUCCCGAUCAGAAGGUCGGCGGUUCAAAUCUGUGCUGUGGGGUGAGCUCCUAUUGCUUUAUCCCAGCUCCUACCAACCUAGCAGUUCAAAAGCACACCAGUGCAAGUAGAUAAAUAGGUACCACUGCGCCAGGAAGUUUCCGUGUGCUCUGGUUCCAUCACGGUGUUCCGUUGUGCCAGAAACGGUUUAGUCCUGCUGGCCACAUGACCCGGAAAGCUGUCUAUGGACAAACACCAGCUCCCUCUGCCUGAAAGCAAGAUGAGUGCUACAACCCCAUUGUCAUCUUUGACUGGACUUAACUGUCCAGGGGUCCUUUAUCAUAUAUAUAUAUAUAUAUAUAUAUAUAUAUAUAUAUAUAUAUAUAUGCAUACAGAAUAUGGAUAUAUAUCUUUUCAAAAUGAAAGCAAGAGCAUGGCUUCUUUGCGUUGGUGAGGAGAUGAGAGUUCAUUUGUCUCAAAUUAGACCGAAUAUAACUUUUCGUUGAGUUUGUACACAUACUUAAGGUACAUCUGUAAGAGGCUCAUUUAUAAUUAUUAUAAAGUAGUUGUGUUCUGUGUUAUAAAUCAAGUUCUUUCUUUUUGUUUCCCAAUGCAUUUCUUAGCAACAAAAUAUUUGGUGUGACACGAGCAAAUUUUUAUUCUGAAAGUGUGACCCAGAGAAAAAAGUUUGAGAAGCACUGGGCUUAGAGCAGGCAUAGGCAACCUCGGCCCUCCAGAUGUUUUGGGACUACAAUUCCCAUCAUCCCUGACCACUGGUCCUGUUAGCUAGGGAUCAUGGGAGUUGUAGUCCCAAAAACAUAUGGAGGGCUGAGGUUGCCUAUGCCUGUGUUAGAGAUUCCCUAACUGCAGAACUGUUAACUUACUCAUCUGACUUAAUUAGUCAACUAAACCUUGCUGGCUUAAUAAUAACUAUUUGUGGAUUUCACCCCAAAGUCAGCUUCAGCAGAUGGAUUCAGGACUUUUGCAAGGGAAGGGAGGCUUAAAUCCCCCCUCCACCCCAACCCAUGCCUAUUCUGAUCCCAUUAAUUAUCAGCCCCUUCUACCUUUGAGCUGAUAGAAUUUGCAUUUUAAAAGUACAACUCUCUGCGCAUUUGAUGCAGAUACACAUUCAAAGUCAGGUGCACUUUCGUCCUGACGUCAGAGACGGUUGUGCGGGAAGAGCUUUUGAUGGAGCGCACCCAGUCAACACAUUUCUUCCCUGCGUAGGUGGACUGAAAUAAUUUAGAUCGAAAGUGGGAAGGGGGAAUGAUGGCAGCAAAGAAAAAGGCCACAGAUCGGGUGCGUGGUACAGUGGGGAGAGGCGAUGUAUGAAAAAAGCAUUUCAUCUUCUUCCUUUAUUCUGAGCUAUUAAGCCUUAGACUGAGUCAGAUCUCUGGUCCAUCUAGUUUGGUUCUGUCUCCACCAACUUGGCAGAUCAGCAAAGGUGACUGUAAAUUCUGGGUUCUCUCUGUUUCUCAUUUUUCCAGUUUCCAGUUCAGUUUUCCACGUUUCCACAGCAGUGUGCAUUCAAAAAGAAAAAGAAAAAAACAGUCUUCAUGAAAAUUCACCAGCAUUUUAGUAUGAAUUUCUUCUACUGUGUACAUGUUUGAAUGCAACUGGGCCUUUCUCACGUCAACAUUUCAGAAGACCAAUUUGCAGUGCUAUGCAUUCCGCCAGGCGUCGAUCCAUUGACACCUUCCGAAGCAGAUACCCAUUUUUGCAAAGCAAUUCCCUCUCAUUUAAUGUUUGUUUUUUGCUUGUUGUUGCAUACAUUGGUCUGCACACUUUACCCCACAAUGUGCAUCUUUGUACACAUUACUUGACUAGAGAACUGCAUUGCAAAAUUCAAGGAACCACAGAUUUUGCAGGAUGUCCAUGUUUCCGUUAUCACUCUGUUUCUGAAACUGUGGCUUUGGUAAGGUAAAGGUAAAGGGACCCCUGACUGUUAGGUCCAGUCGUGGACGACUCUGGGGUUGCGGUGCUCAUCUCGCUUUACUGGCCAAGGGAGCCGGCGUACAGCUUCCGGGUCAUAUGGCCAGCAUGACUAAGCUGCUUCUGGCAAACCAGAGCAGCGCACGGAAACGCCAUUUACCUUCCCGCCUGAGUGGUACCUAUUUAUCUACUUGCACUUGAUGUGCUUUUGAACUGCUAGGUUGGCAGGAGCUGGGACUGAGCAACGGGAGCUCACCCUGUUGCGGGGAUUCGAACCGCCGACCUUCUGAUCUGCAAGCCCUAGGCUUUGGUAGAUCUGCCUUUAAACACAUUGAAUCUGCUUUGUCUCCCUCCCCUGUGGUCAAAGUGUCCCUCCAGGAUUUCUAACAGGGGACAGCAGGGGUUGAACCUGUGAUGUUCUGCAUGCCAAGCAGUUGCUCUGCCACUGAGCUGGGAGCAUUUCAUGUGUUACUGUUCCCACAAUGCACGUUUACCUGCGGAAAGUGAAUUGGUGUAUUCCUAGUCAGAGAAUAAAAUACAGCCAGAUUGAUUCGCCCGAGGGAAUCUCUGUAGUUUGAUUUGUGCGCAUGAGAGUGUGGGCAGAGAAGCAUCGAGAGCAAGAAGAUGGGGUGUUUGGUUUGAUUGCCAAGUGUGUGGGGGAAGCCUGAUACUCUGUUUGCCAGGGGGGUGGAAUUGAAUCUACUUCAAAUGCUUCACAUUUUAUGACGGACAUUAUUAGCGUUCGUCAAUAUCUUUCCAGAAGGUCAUUUGAAAGAGCCAUUAAGUAAGUUCGAGUGGGUCUGUUAAUAUUUUUCCUGCUUUCCUGCUUUUUUUUGUUUUUUAACGCAGCCUGUUCUGUAGGGAAAGGAACAAUCGGCAAUUGCACGGCGUUUUUGCAAACAUAUCCUUUUGAAAAAGCUUCUUCUGCAAAUGAGGGUGACUAUUGUUAUUAUAAUUAUCUAUUAAAGUUGUAUAUUGCUUUUCAUCCAAAGCUCUCGGGGUGGUUCGCAGCAUAAAAUACAGAAUAAAACCACAAAGUACAUAAUACAAACAAGAACCAACCAAUAACCCACCCCCCACUCCCACAAACACAUUUAAAAAGACUACUUUCUUUUCUUUCUUUUUCGGAAAAAAGAAAAGAACAGAGCCAAAAGGCCAAACAGGUUCAGAGAGCAGCAGUCCCACUGUUCAUUACAUGAAACCAGAACUCAUCACAUCUGGUGACUUUUUCAGAUGAGGCUAUUGAAUGCGCAGAACUGCACAAGGCAGGAAGGGAAUCAUGGAUGGUAGCCAACUCACAUGUCCCAACAGUCUAAGAAUUUCCAUGGAACGUCCCUCCCAGCUCUCCUGCCUGUAUGUGCCUCUCUUCCUCACCAAAUCUGCUCCAGGUUUUUUGGGGGGUCCCCCUAGAAAAUCUUGCAGGGGUUGGCUAGGGGAGAGGGAGAAGGCCCAUUGAACAAGCUGGAAAUGGGGUGUUACACUUGGGGCUACUUUGCACAUAACCCUGUGCCUUUCUGCCUUGUCCAUUGGGUGCAGCUGGCAUGGUCAGAAGGUCUCAGGUUCAAUCCUCACAAUCUCCAAGUGUCAGGAUGCUGUCAGCGGCUCCUGGCUGGUUGCCCAGGAAAGUAUAAAGACAAGGAAGGGUUUCCUACCGUCCUUUUUUAUUUCAGACUUUACAGAGAGAGGUUAUAGAACGCAGCCUGUUGGAUAAUGGUGGUGUCCCGUGUGAAUCUCCACACAUACACCCGUCUCUCCCACUUCCUCAUUCUUCUUCAUCAUCUCCUCUUCAGGUGCUCUGUCCUCUGUCUUUGAGCUCUUUGCUCUCCUACUUUUAAGGCUCGACGGUUUCUGGGAGAUGGAGGGUCUGGAAUGCUUUCUAGUGGCAACGUGUCAACCAGCUGCUGCUUUGGUUCUCCCAUUAUUUCCCAGCUUUCCCCCUCAUCUGCCUCUGAGCUGCAACCUCCCACAAGCCCCUGUUGUAAAUCUAUGCUGUCUUCCUCUUCUUCCUCCCAAUGCCCAGUCCCAAGUAGGCUUCGAAAUAUCCUCACAGACUGGUUGGACUCAGAGGAAUUCUCAGCUAGAGAACCCCCAGGGAAGAAGGCUAAGAGCCCUGCGAGUGGUGGUUGGACAAAAGGUAAAGGACCCCUGGAUGGUUAAAUCCAGUGAAAGGCGACUAUGGGGUUGUGGCACUCAUCUCGCUUUCAGGUCAAGGGAGCCGGCGUUUGUCCACAGACAGCUUUCCGGGGCAUGUGGCCAGCAGGACUAAGCCGCUUCUGGUGCAACAGAACACUGUGACGGAAACCAGAGCACACAGAAACACAGUUUACCUUCCCGCCAGAGUGGUACCUAUUUAUCUACUUGCGCUGAUGUGCUUUCGAACUGCUAGGUUGGCAGGAGCUGGGACAGUGCAACAGGAGCUCACUCCGUCACGGGGAUUCGAACCGCUGACCUUCUGAUCGGCAAGUCCUAGGCUCUGUGGUCAGAGGGAGACUAGGAAGAGGAUGUCUCGGAAGCUGAAAGGGCAACAGGGGGCUAGUCCAACAUACGCAAGCUGUAAUUGCAUGGACAUUUCGCCCAGUUUAUGUUUCAGAAUUGCACGGGGGAAGUCAAGCUACAGCUGUGCCUUCCCCCUGUGCCUUAAGGACAACAACUCUCCACUUUCUCGUGGCCUGUAGGAAGCUGUCUCAUAUCAGGUUGGCUCACUGGUCCAUCUGGCUUAGUAUCAUCUAUGCUGGUUGAAGGAAACCCUUGCUGCCGCCACCAAGCUAAACUACAAGUCCCAUCAUCCCCAGCCAUUGACCAUGCUGACUGGAGCUAUUGGGAGUUGUAGUUCAGCCAUAUCAGAAGGGCCAAAGGUCCUCCACCCCUGUUCUAUGCUGAUUGGUAUUGACACUCUAGUGUUUCAGAAGUGAAUCUUUCCCAAUUCUACUAAAGGAGAUUGAAUUUGGGUGCUUCUGCAUGCUCAACAUGUGCUCUGACAGCUGUCCCAGGAGGUUACUUAUCUGCUUCUAAUAUUUCUUGCAAACUCUUCCUUUUUGGGCCAUAGCCAACGAAAACGACUUCGGGCGGCUUCGUUGCACAGCGCCUAAAAGCUAUUUGACAUUAUAAUCAGAUGCAGAAUGGAAUAGUCAUUGAUUUUCUUUAAGAUUCUCCUGCUUUUACAUCGUUAAGCGGAGGAAGGAAAACAGACCUGACGGGGAAUCAAAACCGUAACGUGGAAAUCUAUUAAUACCCUUUCAAUAAAAGCCGUGUCCUGCUUCUUGCUCUCUUCAGUCUCUGACCUCAAACCCUCAGCAGUUGUUAGCAAACUGGCUGCGAGUGAGAGAGACAGAAUGAUUUUGCUCGUCCAAGAUGGCUUCCUCGUUGUCUCCUGUGACACUAGGACAGGAGUGGGUCUGUCUGGGCCUCUCUGUGUGGCCAUGGAGACUCUACCUGGGCCACCCUGAUCGACACACUCCUAGAGUGUUCGGUCUGGGAGGAAUGUAUUCUUGGAUCGGGACCAUGCCUCUUCGUUGCCUAGAUAGAAAAGGGUUUGUGUAUGUAUGGAACCCUCUGAAUUUUGGGUGGUUGAAAUGUAAUCUAGGAUAAGAGAGACAUGCAUUUAUCCCCCUCACUUUAAGCCUCCUUAAUCGUACAUGCCUAAGUUUGUGGUAUGUGCAUCAAUCAUUCCAGCAAAUGCUGGCCUUAAAGGUGACCCACCAACAUUUCUUCAAUGAAAAUAGGUAUGUCUAAUAAUAAUAAUAAUAAUAAUAAUAUCCUGUCCACUCUGGGCGGCUUCCAACAUAUAUAAAAACAAAAUAAAACAUUUUAAAAAAUAAAAAUUUAAAAGAAACCUUCCCUAUAAAAGGCUGCUUUCUGACGUCUUCCAAAGAAUGUACAGUGAUACCUCGGGUUAAGAACUUAAUUUGUUCUGGAGGUCCGUUCUUAACCUGAAACUGUUCUUAACCUGAGGUACCACUUUAGCUAAUGGGGCCUCCCGCUGCCGCCGCGCCACCACCAUGCGAUUUCUGUUCUCAUCCUGAAGCAAAGUUCUUAACCCGGGGUACUAUUUCUGGGUUAGCAGAGUCUGUAACCUGAAGCGUCUGUAACCUGAAGCGUCUGUAUCCCGAGGUACCACUGUACAGUCAUACCUUGGUUUUUGAACAGCUUAGUUCUUGAAUGUUUUGCUUCCCAAAUGCCGCAAACCCGGAAGUGACUGUUCCGGUUUGUGAACUACUUUUGGAAGCCAAACAUCCGAUGGGGCUUCCACAGCUUCCGAUUGGCUGCAGGAGCUUCCUACAGCCAAUCAGAAGCCGUGUUUUGGUUUCCGAACGUUUUGGAGGUUGAACGGAUUUCUGGAACGGAUUCUGUUUGCCUUCCAAGGUCCAACUGUAUAGCUACUUAUACCCUUGGCUUGGGGGUCACAUAACUCCAUACCCUCCAACAUUUCCCCAGUGAAAAUAGGGACGUCCAAGGGAAAAGCAGGACAUUCUUUGAUCAAAUCAGAAACCGGGAUGGUUUCUGUAAAUCCAGGACUGUCCCUGGAAAAUAGGGACACUUGGAAGGUCUGCACUGUUAUUUAUUUAUUUUUUACUUUUAUUUUGGCUACCUUGGCCAUGAGUCCAAAACCCUGGCUUCAAAUCUAGAGGGACCCAAUGCAGAGAUUCUUGUAUAUUUCAAUAGCCUUGCAGGAGAUAAUAUCUCAGCCUUCCCAGCUGCACCCAUUAAAAUUCUGUCUUCAGCAUAAAUAUUUUAAAAUGUGCAGGAGUUUUUGAUUGCAUCUGUUUACCCUCAUUUUCUGCUUUGGCUUCUCUGCCUGGUCAUCCUGUAGAGAAAGACCACCACUUCUCUGAAACAGAUGCUGCUUCUUAAACACAAGCAAACAGCCCACCAUGCAGGAAAUCCAGAUUUGCCCCAUCACUGGAUUGGGGAAGCUGGUCCUGUUGGAUUUCUGCCUGGUAGGCAGCUGCUACAAGCAAAGAGCCUCUGUCGGCCAAAAAGGUGGCUAUAGUGUAGGGAAAUGGGCUGGCAGCUUGCCUUCAAGAACAAUCCAAGUCUUAUUCCAAUGCACAUGCCCAGUCACUAAGAAAACCCGAAACCUGAUCUAUCUUGGGGGGUCUAGGGAGCAACUUAGCAACUGCCUGUGCCUUUGUAGGAAAGGCUGCUUCUCUCUUUAGAACCGCAGGUCAGGAUUUUUUGUUUUCUCUUGGCAUUUGGGUAGUCUCGAAAUAUUGCAAGAGAGAUGAAGGUGAAAUAGACCCACUGGCUUCGAGAAGAUGGAAACAGAUUUUUGGUCAUCGUUAUGCAGCGGCCGAGCCGAGGCCCUAUUCUGCCCUCCGCUUCCCCUGCCAAAUCUUCUGAAUGGCGGGGCAAGUUCAUGAAUGAACCAAUGAAUAACCAUUUCUUUUUUUCAAAGCCAGUUCCCCAUACUACGUUUUCAAAGCACCCACCCCAUUUCGCUCCCCCUCCCCACAGCUUUCUCUGCUUUGGCUAGCUGGCAGGCCGGAGCGCUCACAGUUCUGGGCGUCUCUCGCCUCCCUCCCCGUCAACGUUUAUUUGUGUCCUACCUCUGAAUUGCGAGAAGCUAAUCGGAAAGCGUUUGUGGAGCAAUGAUUCACAGGAGGAAGGGUGCUGAGCCAAGCCCUGUUUUUCGCUAGCCUUCUUCUAUCAUGGGAAAUCAGAGGUGGUGGAGAACUAGAUUUGACCUGCCUCUCUCCCCACCCACCCAACUGAUGUUGUCGUUAAUAUUUCAUUUAUAAAAAGAUAGUGACAAAAUAAGAAAAAAAGGGAGUGAGGAUGGGGGGAAAGAAAAUAAAAUGCCGGUGUUUGUGUUCUUAUUAUCCUAAUCUUCUUCUUCUCACUCAUAGCCGAGUAAGAUUGUCUUCCAUAAACACGGUUUUAAACGUGAAUCCAUAAGUGACUGUGGAGGCCAAUUCUGGAUCCACACAUCCUUCCACAGUGAGGACAUAGGUUUCCAGGUGGGAGUUGAUCAAGGUGAGGGUUUGCCAAAUGUGCCUUUGUCUUAGCACAUUUCUCCCUUUCGUCCUGAGUUCGAGUGUCUUCAAAGCCCACGACACCUUUGGUAAAGGCUGUUCUCCAAUUGGAGCACUCGCAGGCCAGUGUUUCCCAGUUGUCGGUGUUUAUACUACAUUUUUUGAGAUUUGCCUUGAGAGAAUAUUUAAACCUCUUUUGUUGACCACCAGCAUUACGCUUUCCAUUUUAAAGUUUGGAAUAGAGUAGUUGCUUUGGAAGACGAUAAUCAGGCAUCCGCAGAACAUGACCAGUCCAACGAAGUUGAUGUUGAAGAAUCAUCACUUCAACACUGGGGAUCUUUGCUUCUUCCAGUACACUGGCAUUAGUUUGCCUGUCUUCCCAGGUAUUAUCCUAAUACACAAGUUUGGCAAGUGGAUAGGGUCACCCACCUGUCAAUCACCUGACAUCACAAUGGCGUCAGGUGACACAUUUAAGUAGGGAACUCCCUCCCAUCUUGUUCUCACAAUGGCCAGCCAGAUGCCUUUGAGAAACCUGCAAACAGGACCCGACACAAGAGCACUUUCUCCCCUCCUCUGGUUUCCAGCAUUGAGAAGCCUUGCUGCCUCUGAAUGUGGAGGUAGAGCAUAGCCUUUCUGAUAAAGUAAAGGUAAAGGGACCCCUGACCAUUAGGUCCAUUCGUGGCCAACUCUCAUCUCGCUUUACUGGCUGAGGGAGCCAGUGUACAGCUUCCGGGUCAUGUGGCCAGUAUGACUAAGCCGCUUCUGGCGAACCAGAGCAGCACACGGAAAUGCCGUUUACCUUCCCGCCAGAGUGGUACCUAUUUAUCUACUUGCACUUUGACGUACUUUCGAACUGCUAGGUGGGCAGGAGCAGGGACCAAGCAAUGGGAGCUGAACCUGUCACAGGGAUUCGAACCGCCAACCUUCUGAUCGCCAAGUCCUAGGCUCUGUGCUUUAACCCACAGCGCCACCCGCGUCCCUUGCCAUUCUGAUAGUCUUGUCCUAAAUGAUUCUGUCUAAACACCUUUCAAAUCCAUCCGAGUUGGUGGCCAUCACUACAGUUUCUAGGGGGAAUCCCAGAGUUCCACCAUGAACCGUGUCAAGAAAAGCUUACUGUUGUCUGUACUGUAUUACUAGCUCGGCCUGGCUGGGGGCAGGAAGGGUGAGGUGGGGGAGAGAGCAGCACAACCCUCCCCCACACCCACUAAACACACACACACAGUGGCAGCGGCGCUUGUCAAUCACAACGGCACUGGGGAGGGGCUAAACUAAAUUUGGGGGCGCUGGGCGGAUCUUAGCAUCCUGACACCGCAUAUGCUAAAGAUGGACCUGUGAGUGGGUGGAAGCAGGGGGGGAGACACAUAAUAAAAUUUACUGGGGCAGGAUCUCCUGCUGCCCCUCCCCACUCUGUAAGUGAGGAUCUGCAGAGACCUCAGUCCCUUUUCCAUCUCGCCUCCUUUUGAGUAGGCCUUCCUGAUUCCGUUCACGAUGCCUGAAUUGUCCUUGUGUUUCUCAACUUCCAGUGUUCCUCGAUAUCUUUUAUGGUACUAUAAUUUCUGCCCCCAUUGCUUGGGGCUUUUCCUCUUCCUCCUCCUCCUCCUGCUCUCAUCUUGCAAUCUUUAACGUUAAAUAGAAUUUGUUUUUUCCCCGUCCUGUUUUGCAAAUUGGCUUUACACCAUAUCUCGCCUUGUCGCAGGCGCAUCCUGCACGGAAACAAAAAGGGAAAGGAAAGCCAAUAAAACUUUCAAUUAGAUCGUAAAGAUGUAAUGGUCGCAAAUCUAAGCGCACCUCACGAGCCCAAAGCCUGCCUGUUUCUUGCACAAGGGCCAACCCGCAGGUGGGUUAAGGUGGAAAUCAUUCCCACAAGGUGGACAAUCACCAAAAUAUUAUGAUUAUUAAUGAUUAUUAUUAACAGCAUUCAAAAGAACAUGAGAUACAUUAAAAAACAAUACAGGGAGUGGCAGAGACCCAUUCAUUCAUCGGGAAAAGCUUGCUGUCUUCAGUAAUGUCUUCAGUUGUUUCCAGAAAAUGCAAAUAGAGGAUAUGUUAGUAUGAAAACUUUGAACUUGGCCGUAGUUCUUUUAAAUGGGCUGGGGUUUUUCCCCCUCUUCUCCCUUUCAAAUGUCUCUGUUUAGCUUCUUGAUCACGGAAACAAGACAUAGAUUGAGGCGAAUGAAAACGGCAUAGCGUCUUCUAGAGGGUGUUCGGUAUAAACAUGGCCUAAUAAGGUUUGGUUUAGGAAAAAACCAAGCAUAGCUGUUUAGUCAAAUAUGUACAAUUAUCAUUGAGGCUUAACGAAAGGGGGGGGAAGCAGAUGUCAGGGGACCAGGUGAAUAAUGUCAUAAGACAUGGAGACUGUUCUGAGGGAAAACUUUCUGGGUAGGAAUUGGGAGGGGGACAGGUUCCCUGAAAGUUGGAUUCUGGAUUUUAGCUUUCCUGUGCUCUUUUUUAAAAACCUUUUUUUUAGCGUUUGCCGUAUUCUGCAUAUGUUAUCCCUCCAAUCUGGGGAUUUAUUGGAAAGGGAUGAAAAAUAAAACCUGAAUGAGUUUGGGUUUUAGAAUUUCUGCUACUGUUGUGGGGUUCCUCCAGAACUGGUGUUCUGGGUUGUUUUGCAGGUGUACAUUCUGGAACAUAUCAUUGAUAUAAUAAUGGUGCUUUAGGGACAGAUUUAUACUGGACACACACACACACCCUGCCGUUCUGCUUUAUUUCCCCCCAAAGUUACCACAUGGUUGCCAUCUGGAGGGUCACUCUGGUGCUGCAGCACAGUGAAAGUGGGACAGGAAAAUAAAUAAACCAGAACAUUUGCAGAACAUUGUGGCACUGUGGGUUAAACUACAGAGCCUAGGGCUUGAAUCGAUGGUUCGAAUCCCCAUGACAGGGUGAACUCCCGUUGCUCGGUCCCUGCUCCUGCCCAUCUAGCAGUUCGAAAGCACAACAGUGCAAGUAGAUAAAUAGGUACCGCUCUGGCAGGAAGGUAAAUGGUGUUUCUGUGCGCUGCUCUGGUUCGCCAGAAGCGACUUAGUCAUUCUGGCCACAUGACCCGGAAGCUGUACACCGGCUCCCUCGGCCAGUAAAGCAAGAUGAGCGCCGCAACCCCAGAGUCGUCCGCAAUUGGACCUAACGGUCAAGGGUCCCUUUACCUUUACCUUUUUAUCAUAUAUUUAUUUAUGCUCCACCUUUUUCCCUGACUGGACUCACGGUGGCUUACAGGUAAAACUGAGAACUGCUAAAAACACAGGGGGUGGGGGACAUUUGUUAAAAAACAAUUGGACAUUGAUAGAAGUAAAACCAUAUACAGUGGAACCUCAGUUUUUGAAUGUAAUCCAUUGCAGAUGUCCAUUCGACUUCCAAAACAUUCAAAAACCGAGGAUCAAAGGGCUGUCAACAAGUUCAAUGGGGGAAACUGAGAAACACGCCUCAGAAGCCGUUUGACCUCUGAGGCGCAUUCGGAAACAGAAGCAUUUACUUCUGGGUUUUCGGCGUUCGGAAGCUGAAACAUUCGGCAACGGAGCAGUUUGAGAACCAAGGUUUGACUCUUUCAGGAGUUUUUUCAAGUUUGAAAACAGGAAUUGAACCAAGGGUGUGGGAUCUGUGGCCCUCCAGAGGUUGCUGGACUGCAACUCCCAUCACCCAUGGUCAUUGGGAAUUGGAGUCCCGAAUUGGAGUCUUCCGAAUAUCUCCCGCAAGGCAGCGGGAGUUUAGGAGGAUCAGAUAAUUACAAUUAUCCAGCCCUUUCACAUUAAAAGGGAUGCGGGUGGCGCUGUGGGUUAAACCACAGAGCCUAGGACUUGCCAAUCAGAAGGUCGCGGUUCGAAUUCCCGCAACGGGGUGAGCUCCCGUUGCUUGGUCCCUGCUCCUGCCAACCUAGCAGUUUGAAAGCACAUCAAACUGCAAGUAGAUAAAUAGGUACCACUCUGGCGGGAAGGCAAACGGCGUUUCCGUGCACUGCUCUGGUUCGCCAGAAGAGGCUUAGUCAUGCUGGCCACAUGACCUGGAAGCUGUACGCCGGCUCCCUCGGCUAAUAAAGCAAGAUGAGCGCCACAACCCCAGAGUCUGUCACAACUGGACCUAAUGGUCAGGGGUCCCUUCACCUUUACCUUCACAUUAAAAGCAAUCCGUUUCCCAAAGCCUUAUGGAACAGGCAGAUUCAGUGGGAAAGGACAGGGCAUGCACUGAUAGAAUCAGAGCAGUACAACUGCUUGCAAACCUUUGCAGGCUAGCAAAGAAAGUGGGAUUGUGUCUAACCCAAUACUAGAGGAGAGGAGGAGGAGGAGGAGGAGGAGUUUGGAUUUGAUAUCCCACUUUAUCACGACCCAAAGGAGUCUCAAAGCGGCUAACAUUCUCCUUUCCCUUCCUCCCCCACAACAAACACUCUGUGAGGUGAGUGGGGCUGAGAGAUUUGUUACCAAGUUGCUCUGGUCGUCCCUUCCUCCUCUCCUUGCCAAACUCUGGGAGCUGUUUGGUCCUUGGUUUUUGCUGCCCUAUUCAGCGAGUUCCCUUUGAAGCUGAUCCUGUAAAGAACCUGGUGACUUUUAUUUGGGGGAGAGAAGAGGCUGAGCCUCUCUCUGGCUUGCAGGGUGGAAAACUGAAGCUCAGCGUUGCUGCCCAGUCUUGACAGCAUCAGAGCCGCCCUUUUUUCAAUGCCUGCUCCUUUCAAAGUUUGUUUUGGAAGCCUCCUUUCUGUCAGCUUGCCUGUCGCUGCUUUGUUCAAGCUCCAGGCCUAAGGAAAAUUCGCUAUUUUUGCUACUUUUCAAAGUUUCCUUCCAGACUCCAAAUAGGACAGAACAGCUCCCCUGAAAGGGAGGGGGGGAGAAAAGCCCAAGAGCAUCGCAGACUGCCCGAAUUUCCUCAUGUGCUUUGCGCUUGUCCUCACUGCUAAACACUUGUAAAACAUCUCUGAGCACUGUUCGUAUAUUAAAAGAUAAGCAGUUCUCAGCUGCCUACAGGCAAGCAGUCUAAUAGACAUGAUGCAAUGGGUGGGGUCGUGCAGUGAUAAAAAAAUAAAUAGAAGCAUCUUAGGGCAAACUGACACAGUGCGUGUUCUUCUGUUCUUUGUUAUUUGUGUAUUUAUUUAAGGCAUUUUGCAAAAGGUCCCACAGUCCCUGGAUAAUCCAGUUAAAACAAGGAAGAGGGGCUGGUGACAGGGGUGGAGAUGCUCCUUCAGGGCUGAGGCCGUUGAGGGCUUUACAGGUCAGCACCAUCACUUUGAAUUGUGCUUGGAAACGUACUGGGAGCCAAUGAAGGUCUUUCAGGACUGGUGUUACGUGGUCCUGGCGGCCGCUCCCAAUCGCCAAUCCAGCAGCCGCAUUCUGGAUUAGUUGUAGUUGUAGCUGUAUGAACUUCUGCCCAUUAAGCCUUGUUAAAAACUGAGGUUCUUUGCCCACAGAAUGUGGCAGUUUUACUGCUUGCAAAGGCUUAGAAAACCUGCCGCCUGCUGGCUUAUUACUUGGCUGAAAUGUAUUUAAAUUAGAUUUGUAAAAGGUUUAUUGCUUAUAUUAGGGGUGGUGGGGAUGUUGUAAUACUUUUGCAGAUCCAGAUUUAUUUUCUGAGCCUUGGAGAAAUAUUCCACUUUCCAACAUGAGUAAGAAUGUCUCGAGAUUCUUUCCGGGGUUUGGAUUCCAACUGAUAAAUGAUACCCUUGCUGGUGCCAUUGCAAGACCAAUUUUUUCUUUAAAAAAAGGUUCGUUUCCACUCCUUAAAAGGCAACGGAACUUUUAAGAGCACUUACAGUAUGUGUGGGCAGAAAGCAGUGUCCGUUCUUGCCCAUUCUACAGGAGAGGGUUGAGAUCUGAUUCCUAGCCGCACAUUUGGGCGACAUCUUCACAGAGCUGUCCAAGGUCUCGUUCCUGCCCAGGCACUACCAGUUUAGACCCUUAUAAGCGUAUACAGUGGUACCUCGGGUUACAUACACUUCAGGUUACAGACUCCGCUAACCCAGAAAUAGUGCUUCAGGUUAAGAACUUUGCUUCAGGAUGAGAACAGAAAUCGCGCAGUAGCGGCGUGGCAGCAGCGGUAGGCCCCAUUAGCUAAAGUGGUGCUUCAGGUUAAGAACAGUUUCAGGUUAAGAACGGACCUCCGGAACGAAUUAAGUACUUAACCUGAGGUACCGCUGUGAAAUUAAGUUGUUUUUGUCCCGACAUGCAUCACUUUUCACUUGCUUGCAUCGAAUUGCAUUUGAUACUUUAUCUCCCAUUCUCACCAUUUGGAGACAUCCUUUCAGAGGUCUUCACAAUCGCUAAAAGAUACGUUUUUCUCUGUGGUUUUGACUAGGGCGUGCAUUUUUGCAAGCGGCUUCUAAUGUAAUGCAUUUCUUGUACAUUAUUUUCACAAAUGCAUUCAUUUUCAUACACAUUUCCCACUAAUAUGUGCAGUUCUGUAAGCCUUGGUUGGAGAACUGCACAUAAAAAAUCAGAUAGGUGUGAGUUUUGAAGUAUCUUGGGUGUCAUAUUGUUCAUAUUGGGGUUUUUAAAAAAUAAAUUUAUUUGGUUUUUCAGAUUAAAAUCUUACAGCCACAUAUGCAACAUACAACAUAGAAACAAGAUUCCAAAGAAUCUCUUAGACUUCCCUUCUCCCCUUUGUGGGUCCUAUUGUUAAUCAUUUCCUCCUGCAUCUUUUAUAAUAAUCCAAAUCUUUUACCUCUCCAUUGUGUCCAAAAUUCACCAUUAAACUGCAAGUGCUAUUACAAUCCUGCUAACAAUUUCAACUUAAAAACAAUGAUUUUUAAGAUGAAUUAUAAAUUUUCCCCAUUCCUUAUUGAAAAUUUGGUCUUCCUGAUUUCUGAUUCUUCUGGUCAUUUUAGCCCAGGCAUAGGUAAACUUGGCCCUCCAGAUGUUUUGAGACUACAAUUCCCAUCAUCCCCGACCACUGGUCCUGCUAGCUAGGGAUGAUUGGAGUUGUAGUCCCAAAACAUCUGGCGGGCCAAGUUUGCCUAUGCCUGUUUUAGCCAUUUCGGCAUAAUCCAUCAACUUGAUUUGCCGUUCUUCUCUGGCAAGGACUUUUAUCUUCUUUCCAUCUUCAUAUUGUGUUUCAGUGCUUAUGUUGUUUUGGAAAUUGCAAAUCUUAGAAAUUAGUUAGCCAAGGUGAUGGCGUGCAUCUUUCGGAUGCUGGAAAUGAUAUUUGGCUGAACAAUAUUAUGUCAGGGAUUAAGGAUUGGUUACAGGCUUGAGGGUAUUGGCGACGAGCUUGGGCUCGAUUGGCGGUUAGGCAUUGGUAGGGGUACUAUUGUGUUGUUAUGCAGAUGAAGGGGGGGAAGAAAGCGCCAUCACCUUCCCCCAAAUCAAAGGGUAGUCCGGUAAAGGGUGUGGCCUUGUCCUAAGCCUAUGGAGGUGUGGGCCCACGGCACACCCCCGCGCGGUGACCUCGGGGGAGAUCCCAGUUGACGACCAUCAGCGGGACACCCUCUACUGGUGGUUAACCCUUACCGGUCUUCAAGCAAGCAGGCUGAAGCCGGUUAGUUGUUAGGACCAAUGCCUAAGCCAAUACCGCUCAAUUCCUGUAAUCAAUAAAGUUGUGGCCUAAUUUGACCCAUUAACUCAAAUUCUUGUGUCUCGUGUCUUUAUUUCUGAGGGGGGUGGCGGGAACUCGCCACGCAAUUGCAAAUCUUAGAAAUUACCCUGCUUUAAAUGUGAACUGAACUGAAUGUCUCCCCCAUCCCUAGGUAUAAGUCGGGCGGUGAGGGAAGGACCAUAAUGCAUUGGUACUGCAUUGCAUGAAAAAGGUUCCAAGCCCAGUCUGUAGCAUCUCCAGGUCGGGGCAGGAAACAGCCCUGUCUGAAAACCAGGCAUUGUAGGCAACACUGAGCAAUGGCCUGACUCACUAUAAGGCAGCUUUUUAUAUCCUACGAAAAAUACACCACCAGCCUAGCAACAUAAUGUUGGCAGGUGCUUCUGCUCCAUCUUUGAUAUCCUGCCAGUACGUAUCACCCUAGACACUGACGUCAAACACAUCUUUUAAUCUGGGGGGGAGAAGGGUUAAUGCUUUCCUCCUGCACCAUUUACCCCCUGAGAAUCAUCCUUCUGAAGGGACAGUAAAAAGCAACUUCAGAGGUACAGUUUUCAGCCAGAAAAAAAGGCAGGGGGCAUUUAACUCCUCUGCAGACCCACCCCCUGAAUGGGAUGGGUUGAAGUCGGUGGAUAAUAAUAAUAAUAAUAAUAAUAAUAAUAAUAAUUUAUUUACACCCCACCCAUCUGGCUGGGUUUCCCCAGCCACUCUGGGCAGCUCCCAACAGAAUAUUAAAACAAGGUAAAACAUUAAAAACUUCCCUAAACAGGGCUGCCAUCUAAAAUGUCUUCUAAAAGUCAGAUAAUUGUUUAUUUCCUUGACAUCUGAUGAGAGGGCGUUCCACAGGGCGGGCGCCACUACCGAGAAGGCCCUCUGCCUGGUUCCCUGCAACCUCACUUCUUGCAGUGAGGGAACCGCCAGAAGGCCCUCGGAGCUGGACAUCAGUGUCCAGGCUGGACGGUGGGGGUAGAGACAUUCCUUCAGUUAUACUGAGCCGAGGCCGUUUAGUUCUUUCAGGACCGGUCUUAUAUGGUCUCGGCAGCCACUCCCAGUCACCAGUCUAACUGCCGCAUUCUGAAUUAGUUGUCGUUUCCAGGUCACCUUCAAAGGUAGUUCCACGUAGAGCGCAUUGCAGUAGUCCAAGCGGGAGAUAACCAGAGCAUGCACCACUCUGGCGAGACAGUUUGUGGGCAGGUAGGGUCUCAGCCUGCGUACCAGUUGGAGCUGGUAGACAGCUACCCUGUCACAGAAUUGACCUGUGCCUCCAUGGAUAGCUGUGAGUCCAAAAUGACUCCCAGGCUGCGCACCUGGUCCUUCAGGGGCACAGUUACUCCAUUCAGGAGUAGGGAGUCCUCCACACCUGCCCGCUCCGUCCCCCAAAAACAGUACUUCUGUCUUGUUCUAUCUUUAUUUCUAUAACCCAGUUGAAGAUUUUAGUUGUAAGAUUUGCAGAGCAGAAGGCAUAGGCUCUGAUGAUAUGGGAUAGUUGAAGGUUAUUGAAUGAGGGGCCCUUGGUCUUGGAGUUCCUUCAUUGGCCCUGACAGAGAACUGGGGUGGGGGGGAGAGAGAUACACAGGAGGGGAGGUUGAGCAAGGCAACAGGAGUGGGGGAAUAAAGAAUAACCCCAGCAGGGACAGGAGAGGGGCAGAAACAGCCUGCUCUUUUUUGAAUACCACUUUCUCAGUGGUGGAGAGACCAGGUGUCUCCUUUACUUAUGUCAUUUACACCCCACCUUUUCCUCCAAGGAGCUUAAGAGGGGGUCCAUGGAUUCCCUCCUCAUUUAAUCCUCACAACAGCCCUGUGAGGUAGGUUAGGCUGAGAGGCAGCAACUGGCCGCCACCUCCAUCCUCCAAUGCGCAAGUCAGUGGGUGCCUCUGAACAAUCCCUGUUCCUGGGGGGUGUUUCUCUUGCACUCCUGCCCUGCUGCUUGUGGGACCCCUGAGAACAGGCUGCAUGUCUGGCUCGGCCCCUUGGGCCUGAACCUGCUGCAGAGCUCUUGGGAGGCUGUGCUCCGACUGUGGACCCUUCCCUGAGUGGGGGCACCGGGGGCGAGGCAAGGGAUGUCUCCUUCUGGUCCUGGCCCACCCAGGAAGAAGCAGAGGCCAGUGCCAGCCACAGAAUGGGGGCUGGUCUGGAGGGGAAGCAGCCUUUCUGUGGAUCUUAAGAUGUUCUCUUUAAUAUAAUAAUAAUAAUAAUUUAUUAUUUAUACCCCGCCCAUCUGGCAGGGUUUCCCCAGCCACUCUGGGUGGCUUCCAACAAAACACUAAAAUACAAUAACCUAUUAAACAUUAAAAGCUUCCCUAAACAGGGCUGCCUUCAGAUGUCUUCUAAAAGUUUGGUAGUUAUUUUUCUCUUUGACAUCUGAUGGGAGGGCAUUCCACAGGGCGGGUGCCACUACCGAGAAGGCCCUCUGCCUGGUUCCCUGUAACUUGGCUUCUUGUAGUGAGGGAACCACCAGAAGGCCCUCAGCGCUGGACCUCUUUGGUUGGGGGAGGUGAGGGCCAGCUCCUCCUGCGAAAGGAGUUUCUCUUUAUACAUUCGCUGGUAAAAUAAUACAGUAAGAACGUGCAGCAAUCUCAGGUGGGAGGUCUCCAUCAUAAGCAGCUCUGUGCAAAGAGGGCAGAAGGGGAGGAACGUCAGGUAGCAGCCGAAUCCCAGCAGAGUCUGGAAAACACACAGCUAAAGCAGGUUCAGUGGUACCUCGCAAGACGAAUGCCGCGCAAGACGAAAGAGUUUUUCGUUUUUUGAGUUGCUUUGCAAGACGAAUUUCCCCAUGGGCUUGCUUCGCAAGACAAAAAACGAAAACGUCUUGCAAGUUUGUUUCCUUUUUCUUAAAACCGUUAAUACCCUAUGGGAAACCGUGCUUCGCAAGACGAAAAAUUCGCAAGACGAAAAAACUCGCAGAACGAAUUAAUUUCGUCUUGCGAGGCACCACUGUUGUUCUUUCUUGGGCUCUGUAGAUUAGAGCAUGAGAGACGGUGGCGGGGGUGCCUUUGUUGCACAGGGCCACUGAAAUUGGAGAGCCCAAAGUCCAUCACUGCUAUUCUGGGUCUUGUUGGGAGAGAAAUUCUCCCCUGGCCAUUUUCGAGAACUCAAAAGUUCCAGGCUACCCUUGGGAGGGAGAAGGACCCAAUGAAGAGAGCACCCAAGGGUGCAGGUAGGAUCCCUACAGAGGUGGGGUGUUUAUUUUAGGGUUGAGUGAAAAAUGAUCUCCUAGAAUUCCCCAUCCUAUGUGUGGGUGGUGAAAUUGGUGGUGGGGGAGCAUUCUCCUGAAUAUUUGGGAUGGGGUGGUAAUUCUGCUGCAAUUUGGAUGUUGACAAAAAAAGGAAACUCAGGAAACUCAUCAGAAAACUCCCUGGGAAAAUUGCUGGCUCACAUGACACCCAACAUGAUACUUGCAAUGGUCAAAUAACCAAGGUUCUUGGUCCAAGGAGCAUCUUUAAAAACUGGGCAUGUGGUGGGGACAUGAAUCUUCAGAAUGUCUCCACUCUUUCCCAUGACUUUACCUUCUGCGCAGCCAGCGGCACAUUGUGCCAUGGGGGUAGAAAACUGAAGAUGUCCAGAAAGUCAGUCAAUCCACCUGAACAGCUUUCAAGACAAGAACAGAAGAAGGGAUCUGAAUGGCUUCUAACUGCUCCAACUGACUGGGCUUUCAGCUUAGCCAGGGAUCCUUUCAAGGAACUCACCUGGUCUCCUAGGAAACAAAACAUUCCCCAGGAUUCCACAGCUGGUUGUGAGGUCAGAGCCUGGCCAACGACUGGAGCCAAUGGGCUCUGGGCUCCAGGAACGCUCUCUCUGCCAGGCCCAUGGCACCACUGGGCAACUUCAGGCAGCUGCCAAGCGUCUGACCCUCCUUCUUUCCCUCAGAGAAUCCCGGGCACUGAAGUUUACCUCUCACAGAGUUACAAUUCCCAGCAACUGAACAAGAACAAGAAUAAGAAUAGUUUACUUAUACCCUGCCCUAGACUGCUCUGCUUCCUUUCUUUUAGCAAAUGUUUUGUGCCACUGGGGAAGUGGUAAUUCUGUAUUGAUUUGUUUUGGAUGUUUGGAUGUGAUGCCAAUAAAAGGUUUGAUGAUGAUGAUGAUACCCCGCCCAUCUGGCUGGGUUUCUCCAGCCACUCUGGGCAGCUCCCAACACAAUAUUAAAACAGAAUAAAACAUCAAACAUCUAAAAGUCAGAUAGAUGUUUGUUUCCUCUGGUCAUAAGUUCCAUUUCCUCAUUAAUCUAAACUGAGAGGAAAAUCUGCAUGAAAAAUUGUAUUUAAAUAGAUAUACAAAUGCCAGGUUUUUUCCAUGUAUGUAUUUCACCUUUAAUGCAUCUUGGUAUGUUCCUUGAGCCAAGAACUGCAUCAGAAAAUCUGGGGAUGUAUGACAUCUGAAGGAUAAUUAAUUAGCUGGGAAAGUGCAGAUCAAGUUAGUUCACACCAGGAAUUCCAGGAAUUACCAUACAUUUCUAACUCCACACCAAGGUCCCGAUCUGGAUCAGAGCCCCCCUUUGCAUCUGAAAUAUACUUUUUCAAAGCCAACUGUGCAGUUGGUCACAGGCAUCUCAUGCAGUUUGGCCCUGUGAUUGUAUAACAGAUGGAGGAUGGAGGAGAAUUCGGCUCAACACUUUUCAAAACAAUGUGCAAAUCAAACCGCAGCCAUCCUUUGAAAUUAGCCCUUCUUUGAAUUUUGUGAUGCGGUUCCAAAUAGACGUCUACAAAAAUCCACACAGCAGGGGAAAGUGUGCAGGAAAAAGCAUUUAUCAGUGAAGUUAACGUGCAAAUAAUGCCUUUCAUUAAGGAAAUCUGUUUGCCAAAAUGCGUUAGAGAGAAUUGCAUACAAAAAUGUGCAUAUAAGGGGGAAAUUAAGCUAAAAUGCUGACCGAUUUUCAUGAGGUUUUUUUGUUUGUUUUUUGCAAACUGAUGCAGAAAUGUGGAGAACUGGACAUAAGACAGGAAAAAUCAGAACUUGAGAGAAACCAAAAUGGGCAAAUCUGUGUAUCUCCAGACAGGCCCAAGAGCACCAAUUAAGCUACAUGACAGUCAUUUGAAUCCUCUUUUAUCCCCCACAGGUCACUGCCCAACUUUCUAGCGACAGCACCCUGCUCCCAGUUUGCACAAAGGCUUGUGGGUGGUGUGUUUAGUCUACUGCAAGCCAUUGCCCGGGCCUUUCUCCCCAGUGCACCGAGAAAGGUUUCAUCAACAUUAUUUACUCUAGUUAAAAUUAUUGCACUCUGUUCUUUUGAGGGACAUAUUUCUUCCGGACGUUUGUUUACUCUCCAAAUCAACAUCGAGUUACAGCAAUGUUAAAAGCAUUUAAAUAUUUUCACAAAGAGCAGGAUUCAGCUAUUAAAACAGGUUAUUUUCAGCCAAGGGUGGGUUGUUUUAGUCAACUAACAGACUAGGCGGCGAUCGCCAAUUGUCGCCAUGACAAUAAUUGUAUAUUUCCAGCCAAAGAGGAGAGCAUAAAACAUCUCUGUUUAUCUUAUGUGUUCUCUGUAAAUACCCAAUGACGGGUAAAGGCCAAGAAUGAGCUGGGUGUACCCUUUGUUGCCUCAACAUUUGGGCAGUUCCAGGCUGUUGCAAUUUUCAGGUGGGAUUCAACCACAGAACAGCAAAAUCAGGUUGGACUGUUAGGGUUGAUUUAGCAGUCUUGUGCAACGAAACCAUUUCCCUCCGAGAUCAGACUUUUUGCAACAAGGAAUGUGAUGGGGAAAUGCUCUGGAAGUUGUGAGAUAAUAUUUUUUCGGCUAACCUCCCUGCAACCAAACCAGGGUGAAUAUUCAAUAAACGGAUCAGGCAGAAGUGGUCGGAAUCCGCCACACGUACACCUUUUGCAUUUUUCCAUUUAAUGCAAAGGAAAGCAUAGUCAAAACGCCAAGUAUCUGGAAUGCAAAGAAAUGAUCCCUUAUUAAUAAAAAACAGCCAUGUUCACUUCUCAUAAACUCAUCCAGCAGCCAAGACACUGAGGUCCAGCUCCAAGGAUGAGAAGUAAGGAUACAGGGAACCAGGCAGAGGGCCUUCGCAGUAGUGACACCCACCUUGUGGAAAGCCCUCCCAUCAGUUGUCAGAUAAUAAUAAUAAUAAUAAUAAUAAUAAUAAUAAUAAUAAUAGUAAUAAUAAUAAUUUUAUUAUUUAUACCCCACCCAUCUGUCUAGGUUUCCCCAGCCACUCUGGGCGGCUCCCAACAGAAAAUUAAAAACAUGAUAAAACAUCAAACUUUAAAAACUUCCCUAAACAGGUCUGCCAGAAUGGAGGUGCGGGGACAGAACCAGUCAUAUAAACCUGUUGACUAUUACACAUGUACCAUCUUGCUUGUCUUUUCAGCCUCUGCUGAAGACUUUCCUCUUUCAGCAAGCCUUCUGAGAUCUUUCUCAGUUGGCAUCACUAUUGUUGUUACUAGAAUAGAAGAUGUUUUAAUUUUUUUAUCACUCCAAUGAGAGGAUGAGCAGGAUAUACAUAAAUAAGCACAUGCAGGCAGUUUAGCACAAUCAGUAAUAUCCAAAGCAACACGAUGACCAAGUACAACAAUACGAUGUCAGUGUAAACUCUUUAUAUAAUCUAUACAGAGCAUUGAACAGUAUGAAAUAUAUGAAAUGUACUCCCUGCAAAACCAAAUAAACAAAAAUCUUUAAAUCUCUGAAAGUCACAAAAUACGCACUCUUGAUGGAUUCUCUUGAAAACAUAGAACCAAAUGAAAGUCUUAUAAGUCUCUGAAAGUCUUUGUAGACUAUUCAAGUCUCUGAAAGAAGCAAUGGGUCAGAUUCUUAUCUGGUGAAAACAAGCCGUUAAGUUUUUAAUGUCUGAUAUUUCAUUAUGUUUCUGUAUAUUAUGCUGGAAGCCACCCAGAGUGGCAUGGGCAGCCCAGUCAGAUGGGUGAGGUAUAAGUAAUAACAUAUGAUUAUGAUUAUGAUUUCCAUUUAUGAAUUUAGCUUCUCUGCAAAGCCCCAAGUGUUGGACGUUUUGUGGUUAUUGAAUGAGUGGACAAGGAGGUGAUCCAGGGCUUAUCUUGCAUUCUCCUCUGUGCUAUAAGCAAUUUACAUCUGCCAAUAACUUAUGCCUAGCAUCCAAAAAUAAUUCUAGAAACCAUCUAGCCUAACAGAUGUUCCAAAUGCACAUAGCUCACAGUACAAGGGUUCAAGUCUUAUUUUCAGAUCUAGGAAUAGAAACCCAGGACUUUCUUUGUGCAUCGCAUUUUUCUGCAUACGUGCAGGACCUGCAUUUAUUAAAAGCAUAUUUGCAUGCAGAUAAUAUAGUCGAGCCCCACUCGCCCCUCCCCAGAUCGGCAACAAUUUGGUACGUUCCCUUCUCGCCAUCUGGAAGCAAAAUAUUUUGAGAAUCUUGCAGAUGCUCACGGAGUUUGCGUUUACAAUCCGAGGUGGGGGAGAGGAAGAAGACAUUUUAAGAAGAUUCCAUUUCAAGAUGAGAAUUUUAAGAAGACUGCAUAUUAUUUCUGGCCUUUCUAUAAUUAUACAGGGACGGUAGCGCCUGUGUCCAUGAUAACUCUGAGCGUAUCUGGCAGGCAUUUUCUGAGCUUUUGGGCUUCAUCGCAGCUGGUGGAAGUCCAGGACAAAAUGUACACAGAUGGGAAGGACAGGAGUAUAGAAAAAUAUGCCUGUAGCUCUGGGACGAGGAGUCUGUGGUCCUCCAGGUGGUGUUAGACUUCAGAUUCUAUUACCGUUGGCCUUGUCAAUUUGGGCUGAUGAGAGUCCAACAACAUUGGCCAUCUUCAAAUAUCUGAAGGGCCAUCACAUGGAAGAGGAGACAAGCUUGUUUUCUGCUGUUCCAGAGGGUACAACCCAAAACAAUGGAUUCAAAUUACAGUAUAAGAAAGGGGAUUUCAACUAAACAUUAGGAAGAACUUUCUGAUGGUAAGAGCUUUUCAACAGUAGAAUGGCCUGCUUCAGAAUGUGGUGGACUCUCCUUCAUUUGAGGUUUUUAAACAGGUUGGGUGAUCAGGGAUUUUUUUUUUAGCAUUUCAGGUGCUUGGACUAGAUGGCCCUUGGAUUCCCUUCCAACACUACAGUUCUUUGAUUGUAUCAGCAUUCCUUGUUUUUAUAUCCCACACAUCCUCCAGUCAGGAGCACAGGACAAAUGACAACACAAAUUCAAUAAAGCAAUCGCACAAUAAUAAAAGCAUCAUCAGGACCAUAAAAAUCAGACCACAACACAGGAAAUGACACGUAUCUGUGGAACUGUACCCAAAGCAAUUUCCCUUUAUUAUCCAAAUGCCUGGAGAAAUAAAAAAAUUCAACUUUUGUUUAAAAUGUCUGCUGUUGAGAACAGAUCAAAUACUCCCCAGCAGGGAGUUACAUCAAGGAGGUAUCUAUACCAAGAAUGCCCUGUCUUAUGGACUACCACGCCCAUAAGUGUCUCCACCCCCAUUGUUCUGCCCGGACAUUGAGGUCCAGCUCCGAGGGGCUUCUGGCGGUUCCCUCAGUGCGAGAAGCCAAGUUACAGGGAACCAGGCAGAGGGCCUUCUCGGUAGUGGCGCCCGCCCUGUGGAAUGCCCUCCCACCAGAUGUCAAAGAGAAAAACAACUACCAGACUUUUAGAAGACAUCUGAAGGCAGCCCUGUUUAGGGAAGCUUUUAAUGUUUGAUGCAUUACUGUAUUUUAAUAUUUUGUUGGAAGCCACCCAGAGUGGCUGGGGAAGCCCAGCCAGAUGGGUGGGGUGUUAAUAAUAAUAAAGUAGUAGUAGUAGUAGUAGUAGUAGUAGUAUUUUAGUAUUAUUAUUAUUAUGGACUGGACUCUCCUAGAAAUAACUCUCCUGAUGACCACAAUGGAUGUUGAAUAGAAUGGAAACUUGUAGCUCUUGGGUUGUAGCCAAUGCUAGUCCUACUCAGAGUAGACCUAUUGGAAUUAGUGGGCAUUGUUGUUUGUUUGUUUGUUUGUUUGUUUGUUUGUUUAUUAUUUGUACCCCACCCAUCUGGCUGGGUUUCCUCAGCUACUCUGGGCGGCUUCCAACAAAGAUUAAAAAUACAUCAAAAUGUCACACAUUAAAAACUUCCCUAAACAGGGCUGCCUUCAGAUGUUUUCUAAAUGUCAGAUAGUUGUUCAUUUCCUUGACAUCUGAUGGGAGGGCGUUCCACAGGGCGGGCACCACUACCGAGAAGGCCCUCUGCCUGGUUCCCUGUAACCUCGCUUCUCACAGUGAGGGAACCGCCAGAAGCCCCUCGGAGCUGGACCUCAGUGUCUGGACUUAACAAUGGGGGUGGAGACACGCCUUCGGGUAUACUGAGCCGAGGCCGUUUAGGGCUUUCAAGGUCAGCACCAACACUUUGAAUUGUGAAACUUACUGGGAGUCAAUGUAGGUCUUUCAAGACCGGUGUUAUAUGGUCUCGGUGGCCACUCCCAGUCACCAGUCUAGCUGCCACAUUCUGGAUUAAUUGUAGUUUCCAGGUCACCUUCAAAGGUAGCUCCACAAAGAGCACAUUGCUUGACUAACUUAGGCCCAUUAAUUUCAGUUAAGUUUACUCUGAGUGCGAUUUUUUGUUGUUUAGUCAUCUUAGUUGUGUUCGACUCUCUGUGACCCCAUGAACCAGAGCAUGCCUUGGAGACUCUCACUUUCUUCUCAAAGCUUCUCCUUUUUUUAUGUCCAUGGAGUUUUCUUGGCAAAAUACUGGAGUGGUUUUCCAGUUCCUUCUCCAGGUGGAUCACAUUUAAUCUAAACUCUCGGCCGUGACCUGUCCCUCUUGGGUGGUCCUGCACGGCAUAGCUCAUCGCUUCCUGGAGCUAUUCAGGCCCUUUCGCCACGGCAAGGCAGUGAUCUAUGAAGGGGCUGAGUGCGAUUAGCAUUGGAUAAAAACCAUUAGCCAUAGGCCUACCUUGACCCAACUACCCACUGAGUGGUUUAGUACAUCCAUUGCUGCUCUCUUAAGACAUUUUUUUAUUAACAGACCUGUCCCUUCUCCCAAACAAAACCAAAUUGCCAUUACUCGUGCAGUGCUGAGAAGGUGACAAAAAGUUGUAAGGUUAGGAUUGUCUGAUUGAAACUAUUUUGCAUUCAUGGUUGGAGCACACCAUUUAUUAAUGACAGCAAUUGUUUCUUAAAAACAGAAAAGAAUUCCCCUCAUUGUUUUAAGAUUGUCAAAGAUGUGCUGAAGAUGAAUCAUUUCAACCAUAGCUGUGUCUGCAUCCCACUCCACCCUCAACCCCCUAGUCAAAAAAAAGAUACUGGGCUAUUUUAGAAUUAACAGGCAGUAAACGCAAAAUUGGCCUCUCCAUUUGAAUUCUCCAGGCAGAACUUUGCAGCUGCGUUGGAGAAGCAAAGCACAGACAGUGUCUGAAGCUUAUCAGCUUUCUUAAAGAAGUUGCAAGGGCACUUCCAUGCAUACUAUUCUCAAGAGGGAUUUGCAAGGCAAGGGGGUGAGCUCUCCAUCCCUAAGGGUAGGGGUCAGCAAGCUUUUUCAGCAGGGGGCCGGUCCACUGUCCCUCAGGCCUUGUGGGGGGCCGGACUAUACCUGAAGGAGCGUCUCCACCCCCAUCGUUCAGCCCGGACACUGAGAUCCAGCGCCGAGGGCCUUCUGGCGGUUCCCUCAUUGCGAGAAGUGAGGUUACAGGGAACCAGACAGAGGGCCUUCUUGGUAGUGGCGCCCGCCCUGUGGAACGCCCUCCCUUCAGAUGUGAAGGAAAUAAGCAGCUAUCCUAUCUUUAAAAGACAUCUGAAGGCAGCCCUGUUCAGGGAAGUUUUUAAUAUUUAACGCUGUACUGUUUUUAACACUGGAUUGGGAGCCGCCCAGAGUGGCUGGGGAAACUCGGUCAGAUGGGCGGGGUAUAAAUAAUAAAUUAUUAUUAUUAUUAUAUUGAGGGGGGAAAUGAUUCAUGAGCACCACGAGCCCCAGUGGCUGCUUACCUGUGUUUUGCGAGCAGCAGGGGCUGGCAGCGGCAGCGGAGGGACGAUGAGUGGCGAGCGAAAGGGCUCCGGAGAGGGGCUGCUUAAAAUGGCGGCCGCUCAAGCGCUGCUGCUGCUGGCACCAACAAAGCCCAACCCCCUUCCUCCUCUAGGCAGCGCAGGGAGAAGCCAGGAGGAGGGAGGGAGGAGGAGGAGGCGCUGCCAUGGAAGGGAGAGGGAGGGAGAGGGAAGGAAUGUGUGUGCACUGGCGAUCCAUUCAGCGAUUCCCUGACCGCCCGUGAGCCGGAUCCAGAAGGCAAUUGGGCCUGAUCCGGCCCAUGGACCUUAGUUUGCCUACCCAUGCCUAAGGGGCAUUGUUGCAGGGACUGCACAGCCGUUGGACUGGGAGGCUCGAAUUGCGUCCUGCAUUGCAGGUCCCACAUUCCCAGCUGUUUUUAACACCUGAUUUGAUCAGUGCUCUAUUAAUAAUGGUUUUGUGGGAAUUCAGGAACUCACUCAUGACUUUGAAACAUUUUAGGUGCUUCUGAUAGAAGCAGCGCCGUAUUGUGACUUCUUGGAUAGCCUCACAAACACACUCCACCAUGCUGCUCCCCAGACCCAACUCCUCCUAACAGACCCAACGCAGCUACCUGCCACUCAACAGUGACCAAAACAAACUUCUCCUCUCAGCAAGCAGGGUCAGCAUGCUGUCUAUGACAGGCUUUUGGCCCGUUCUGCUGCUUCUGAGCCAAUUCUCACCGCCUACUGCAGCUUUUUUUAUUUUUACUUCUCCAGAGGCUUUCGCUGCUCUUUGAAUAGGAGGGAGAGCAUAUGGCUUGAAGAGCCAACGUAUUUCCUCCCCCCUUUAUCCUUCUGCAACACUAGCAUAGUACAAACUAGGGGUGGAUGGAUGGAUCUGUGAAUUUCAGUUAUCUCUCAAUUUCUCGCUUUUCCAGUCUUUUAAGUUCAGUUUUGCACAUUUCCAGAUCAGGUUUUUUUUUUAGUUCUCAUGGGAAAACGUUAAUAUGAAUUUCUCAUAGAAUUGUAGAGUUGGAAGGGACCCCACAGCUCAUCGAGUCAAACCCUCCACAUUGAGGGGUAUAUCUCCCCAAAGGCACAUUUUCCCCUUUUGCACACUUUUUGCCAAGCAGUUCCCCCUAAUAAGAGUUACAGUUUUGUACGUUACAUUCACUUGUCUUAUCUGUUCCUGGCAACCUGCCAUGGGGCUUGGAUCUUGUGCCACCUGACAAAAUCUGUUCUAAUAAUAAUUAUAAAUUACAGAACAAUGUGGAUAUAAAUAUAGAUAUAGAAAUAGAUAUAGAAAUAGAUACAGAUAUAGAUAGAUAGACAGACAGAUAGAUUGAUAGAUAGAUAGAUGAUAGAUAGAUGAUAGAUAGAUAGAUAGAUAGAGAUAGAUAGAUGAUAGAUAGAUGAUAGAUCGAUAGAUAGAUAUAGAUACAGAUAGAUGAUUUAGUAAAUGGCACUUUGAACUGUGAAAUGUUCACUGCAAAUUAUUCAAAGAUAACUUCCCCCCUUUCUUUCUCUCCUUUCUUCUCUCCCCCCUUUCCAUCUCUCCCUAUCCCUCCCUCCCCCCCACUCACCCACCCUGCCCACUACCCUUAGGUCCCGAAAACUUCAGUUCAAAGAGCCUUGCGCUACAAGCCCAGAAAAAGAUCUUGAGUAAAAUGGCCACCAAGACCAUGGCUAACAUGCUGAUUGAUGACACCAGCAGCGAAAUCUUUGACGAGUUAUACAAAGUGACCACGGAGCACAUGAAGAACAAGAAGGAAGCCCACAAAAUCAUGAGGGACUUGAUCAAAGUGGCCAUCAAAAUCGGGAUCCUCUACCGAAACAAUCAGUUCAAUUCCGAAGAGCUGGAGAUUGUCGAGAAGUUCCGCAAAAAGCUGAACCAAGCGGCCAUGACGAUUGUUAGCUUUUACGAGGUGGAGUACACUUUCGAUAAAAAUGUCCUCUCGGAACUCCUGAACGAGUGCAAAGACCUUGUUCACGAACUCGUGGAACGGCACCUGACCGCCAGGUCUCAUGCGCGAAUCAAUCACGUCUUCGACCAUUUCGCAAAUGUGGAGUUCCUCACUGCUCUCUAUAGCCUUGAUGGGGAAUGCCGACCACACCUCAAAAAGAUCUGUGAUGGAAUCAACAAACUGCUAGAUGAGAAAAUCCUUUGAAACUUUGCCCUUUUUAAAAAAACAAAAACAAAACAGCAACUACACAAGUUUCACUUAAGAAAUGUAACCAGAGAGUUGGGACCAACUGUUAGCUUCCUGUGCAUAAUCCCAAAAGACAAUGGCCUGGUUUGCACACUAAACCAUGGUUUGUUAAACUACAGUUUCUUUAACCACGGCUUAGUGUUAUGCAUGAGCCCAGCAGCUUAACUAUGGUUUAUUAACUAUGGUUAAAAGUUGCUUGUUAAUCAAGGUCUGUAGUUGGUUUAUAAAACAUGGUUACUGUAAACCAUAGCUUAGUGUUACAUGUGGACCCAGCCGAACACCUCCUCCUUAAUGCUGCAUAUGGAGUCAUCACCGCUCAAAAGGUACACAACUGUAACUACUGGUAAAUAGCAGCUCUUCUGGGCUUGUGUCUCUUUGAUAGAGAGAUGUAAUAAACUAAGGCUUAAGUGACCAUCUGCCAGAUGUUUCCACUUUAAUGAUGGUUUUAUUAAUGACGGUUAGUGUUAACCAUGGUUUAACAUUUAACAUUAACCAUGGUUUAGUAUUAUGUGUGAACCAGGCCAUUCCAGAGCAUUUGUAAUGGAAAGCAAAGCAAGCCACACUUCAAACCACAAAUAAACUGAGCAUUUUAUGAUGCAAGGCCAUUUGUGAUGGGGAGGGAAAUGAUUACAUACCAUGAUCUCAUUAUUGCUGUGUUGUGGUUGCAGUUUGAUGUGCCAAAAAUGAAACCUGAAGUUCCAUGCCAUCGAGCAAACAUGCCCACGUUUAUAUUGUAGAAGAAUGAAACCCAUAAGGUGAAAUGGAAAGAAUGGGCUCUGAAUAUCAUUAUUUUUAAAACUGAAAAUCUCUUUUUAGCACAUGAUCCAAACAGAGAAUAAUUCCAUAUGCCAGGAAUUGGGGGCAAAGCACAACAAAAGCAGGAGUAUUGCUUCUCUUAAAGGUGUCAGCAUUUUAUACCAAGAAAGGAAUGAAAAAGUUGUGCCAAUCUCUUAAAGACUCUUAAAUGGGGUGCCGCAGAAAGAUUGUGCAAAUUCUGCAUUGUCGAAGCUAUUAUUCAUAAGGGUGUGCAUUGCCGGGGGGUGAAGAACAUAGUGAACUGGGGUGAUUUUGGGGCUCGUCCCUUCACUCCCGAAUUUAAGCGUGAUGUCAGUAACCUCCCCACAGUUGAAUCAGAAUUCCCACAAAGCCUGGUGUCUCUCUGUUGUUUCUGUACCAUAUACAGCUCUGUGUUUUCCUAUAUAUCUAUGUUUCUCUAGGUCCUUGGGCUUUGCAAGGAAUGAGGCUGUCCAAAAUGUUGCCCGAAGAGCUUGUGAUUGUUGCUUGUCAAAGCAUAGAAAUGGACACUCAGUUUCAAAAGCUUCAUUUGAAAAAAACAAAACCCCUACAAUCCUCUGCCUUAAACUGGCAACCGAUAUCGUUGAAGGCCUACACCCACUAGGAAUCGACGGAUCCGUCUAUUUCUGAUCAUAGCUGUCAAGCGUCCCUUAUUUGGCGGGACAGUCCCUUAUCCCAGCGCUGUGUCCCGCUGCUGUCCAGGAUUGAUGAUGUCCCUUAAAUUUCCCGGGUUUCAAAGGAAGCAGCUCCUCUCCCUCCCUCCCUGCCGGCCAGGGAGGAGGGAGGCUCCAACUGUGUUGCUUGGCUGCGUUGCUCACCCAAUAAGGAGUCUAAGAAUGACUGGGGGGUGGAGCUUGCAUGCCUUGUGCUGAUCAAAUCGGCUGCGUUGCCUGGGGACUCGCCUUUUCUCAGCGCUUCCCAGCGGAGAGGUGACGGUGGUUUCCCUUGCUGCAUCCCCUUUGCCGGGUUGCUGCGCUGUGGGAACCACCACUCGAGGCUUCGUUUGGCUGCUGGCUGGGCUUUCGACCUUUGGCUCAGAGGGGCUCAGAAGUUGAACAUACCUGUGCCCGGAAAAUCCCUUAUUUUGGCUGCUGAUCCUUUAUUUUUGAGGCUGCUGGUCCCUUAUUUUCAAAUCUGUAAGUUGACAGCUAUGUUUCUGAUCCUUAGUCGGUUUGCACGGUUUGGCUUAUCUGUUCCAUCCCAUUUCCAUAUUAAUCUGCAAAAAGUAUAAGCGCCCUGGUGGAUCAGACCCAAGGCCCAUUGGUCCAGCAUCCUGUUCUCACAGCAGCCAACCAAACGCUUAUGGGAAGAAAGCCCACUAGCAACAGCACCCUCCCCACUGGCCCCCACAAACUGCCAUUCAGAGCAGUGCCUCUCACCGUGGUGAGUGAACGUGGCCAGUAGCCCCAAUCCUCUCUGCAAGCGGUCUGAACUGGUGACCUUCGCUACAUCUUAUGGAAACAAAUUUCGUAAUUUUAAUUAUGUAGUCUCUUUCAUCAGUCCCAAAUCUUCCAAAAAUUGUUGGAUGGCCCCAAGUUCUGUUAUCUACUUUCUAUAUGCAUAAUCUUCUAUACCACUAUCUGGCCUUCCCUUUUACUCAUCAUCUUCUGCCCUGUAUUUGUUGUAUGAAGCAGUGUUUCUGCUCUGCUGCAAUUUGCCACCCACCAAAAAUGACAUCAUCCAGCUCACACGCUGCUUUGGCAAAAUUGCAUAAGUUACGUAAUUACGUAAGUUAUGUUGUCCUUACAUUAUUCCACCCCAUUCGUUGCAGUGCAAAGCAGGGAAGGGCACAAUCAGUUAUGCAUGGUUCACAAACUGAAAGCGAAAACAGCAGCAAAGGUCAAUGGCAUUCACUAGAUUAUUUCCAAUUUUGGAUAGGGAGCAAAAAGCGAGAUUUUGCAAUUUCUGCUCCCAUUUUUGCUUUCGUCAGAAUUCUCUGACAUCCCCACACAGAUAUAAGUUUCACUGGGUUCAGCUGGGCUUACUCCCAGGUAAGCGGGUGUACAAUGGCUGCUUAAGAAACUACAAAGGCGUAUUGCCGCAUAGCAGCAAAUACAUAACAAUUGUUUUCUAAGAUUAAACACAGGAUCUAUUCUGGCAACCAGAAGAGUAAAAUCCACAAUGACGUACCCUCCUGCUGGCUUUGAUGAGAUUGUCCACGAGUCACUUGUCUCUGGUAGCUUCAUUGGGAGUUUCCAUUUUGCAUCCGUGUCCAUUCACUGGAUAAUGUAAUUUGGGGAAGAAGAUCAGCUCUUUGUCAAAUCAGAGAAAUACAAAGAGGAAUUGGCUUGUUUUGCACGUAACACUAAACCAUGGUUUAACAUUAGGGGAAUGAGCAGGUGUGAGCCUCAGGCUCCCACUUCUGUACACCUGCAAAGAGAUUUAAAACCUGUGGUUUCUGCUAUUCACUUAUCAUAGUUAACAUUACAUCUAAACAGGGCAAAUUCUGGUUAGUUAAGAGUAUGGUUAUUUUUAUUUUAUUAAUUUUCAAUAGAUUUUUAUUAAACCAGGACAGAAAUCCAAGGUAAUCACACAUCAAACUAAUUUUUAUUAAUUUUCAAUAGAUUUUUAUUAAACCAGGACAGAAAUCCAAGGUAAUCACACAUCAAACUAAUUUUUAUUAAUUUUCAAUAGAUUUUUAUUAAACCAGGACAGAAAUUAUACAUCCAAGGUAAUCACACAUCAAACGAAUUUUUAAAAGGAAAGACGGGUUAAAAUGUCACUUUGAAAACUGUUGUUUCACAGGUGUGUCAAAAUAAAUUUGGCUCAGUGACCCACUGCAAAACUGUCCUUAAAAACUAGAGAGUACCAGUUGGCCUGUUGUCAACAUACCAAAGCAUAAUAUGCAGGACCAUAAUUCAUUUUAAGAAACCAUAGUUUAAACUAAGCAGAGUCCUCCCUUUUUGAAGGCAACAGGAAACUGCGCUUAGCGAAAAAUAGAAGUGGAUGCUGCUUCAUGUGGCUACGCUGGAGGAGGAAGAGGGGUGUGCAAGGCUUAGGCAUGUUCGUGUUAACACAACUAUGGUUUGGUAUUGUGUGCAAAAUGGGUCCUUUUCAGUUACUCAAUCUGGCCAAUUCUAUACACUGUGAUCAGCAACCUGCGGCCCUCCAAAUGGUGAUGGACUCCCGUUAUCCCUGACCUUUGGUCAUGAUGGCUGGGGCUGAUGGAAAUGGGCUCCACCAAUAGCUAGAGAGCUAUAGACACCAUUACUUCCAAUAAGCCAAUUUCCCCAGCAGUGAUGCAGGGAGGCUGCUCCAGGGAGGAAGCACAAAAAGGAGAGAUGUUUAUAUUUUGCACACAUUGAGCUUCAAAUCUGGUUAUUUUUUUAAGGAAACAGCCAAAUGUCUUGUUAUUUAUAUGUAUAAAAGACUUGAGUAGCCUUUAAAAGGGAGGCAAAAAUAUUAUGCGUGUCUCAUGCUGGCAUAUGCUAUAUAUUCAUCGUUUACUUUUAUAUUGGUGGGUUAACAUGCAAAACAAUCAUUUCAGUAGUGUUUGAGUCAGACUCAAAAAGUGUGCCAUGUGUUUAUCAGAAAUUAUGCAUUAAAUGAUUUGUGAUUAAA